UGGUCGUGCGUGCAAAUCGAACUGCGUCGCUACGUUUCGUUCUCCGAGUGUCAGUUUGCUCCAACUUUGGAGUGUUGUACGUGUAGUGUUGUGAUAGUGUGUUUUUAGUCAUACAGACGGAUAGUGUAUCACUACAAAGUAUCACUGUCAGCGGUGUGCGGCUGCUUCCACGGAGUUACCCAACGGCUGUUCGCCUUGCGAGGGAAGGCGGAUCGCUUGCACCGGGAGGAAUGAGCCCCGUACAUUACUGCUCCCACACUUACCGAUGAUCUCAAGAGAUCAUGUAUAUAGAAACCCUACCGCUCGUGGUUUGGACGCUCCUAGUAACAUCAACGCAUGUGGCGACGCAAAACCAAUAUGGAAUAGGCUUAGGAAUAAAACGAGAAAUAUUUUUCUUAAAUUUAGAAAAUGGUUACUUCGGUUGCCAAGCAAACGAAUCAACACAUAUAUUACAAUUGUACGAAUUAUCUAAAUUAUGCGACGGUGUGCCGGAUUGUUAUAAGGCAUCCGACGAACUUCGAACAGAAUUAAAAUGUUCAGAUGAUUGUACCAAAGAUGACGGAGCGCGUUGUGUAAAUGGUGCCUGCCUCAGCGGAGUAUGUUAUUGUAACGACGGAUUCGGUGGAUGUAACUGCCAAGAGCUCGACGUUAAUGAGUGCAAAAACAGGCCAUGUGAUGUAUUUGCACACUGUACAAAUACCGUCGGCAGUUUUCAAUGUUCCUGUUUUCCUGGCUAUGUAGGCGACGGUUUUACAUGUAAAGAUAUAAAUGAAUGCGAGGAUCCAGUAAUAUCUGCGCGGUGCGUAGAAAAUGCUGAAUGCUGCAAUUUGCCCGCUCAUUUUAUUUGCAAAUGUAACCGAGGUUUUGAAGGAGAUGGAGAAGAGGAAUGUCGAGAUAUUGAUGAAUGCCAGCACCCAGGUGCUUGUGGUGCUAAUGCAAUAUGCCAAAACUAUCCAGGAAACUACACUUGUGCCUGCAAAGCGGGAUACACAGGAAAUCCUUUCGAUGGUUGUGUCGAUUUGGAUGAGUGUAGUAAUGGGGAUGCAUGUGGACUUGGAGCUAUUUGUCGCAACGUCGAGGGCGGUUAUGAGUGCAGCUGUCCACCAGGCUACGAGGGGGACCCGCGUAUUGCGUGUCAUGACCACGAUGGAUGCAAGCGAGCUACUUGUGGCAGAGAUGCACUUUGUGAAAACCUAUCUGGCGCAUACCGUUGUUUUUGCCCACCAGGCUUUGAAGGCGACCCAAACAAACAGUGCACUGACUUGGAUGAAUGUAACAGUAGCCAUCCUGUAUGCGGCGUACAUGCCGUUUGCACCAAUACCAUUGGCAGCUACGUGUGUAAUUGCAAACCAGAGUACACAGGCGAUGCGCACACUCCCAAUGGUUGUCACGAUGUGAAUGAAUGUGAAAUACUUGAACAUCCUUGCGGAAUGCACGCCGUUUGUGAGAACACUGAUCCUGGAUAUAACUGCAAGUGUCCACAAGGAUAUAGAGCAAAACCAAGUCCUCAAAUUGCUUGCCAACAGAUGGAUGUAAAUACGCUAUGUAAAUCUAAUUUUGACUGCACGAAUAAUGCUGAAUGUAUAGAAGAACAAUGUUUUUGUAAAAAUGGUUUUGAUGCCAAAGGUUCUAUUUGUAUUGACGUUGACGAAUGCAGUAAUAGUUCUAAAUGUGGAGAAAAUGCAUUAUGCUUGAAUUUACCAGGCAGUUAUAAAUGCGAAUGUAGCGCUGGCUACGUUGGAUCUCCGCCACAAACGAUGUGCCGAGCACCGUGUGAAGAUAUACAAUGUGACGAACAUUCCUAUUGUAAACCAGACGGACGCGAUGUUUACUGCAUUUGUGAAGAUGGCUGGACGUUUGAUCCUAAUGAUAUAUCCGCUGGUUGUGUUGACAUUGAUGAGUGUAAUGAUUCAUUGGGAUAUUCUGGACGUUGUGGGCUCAAUGCACAAUGUUUAAAUACCAUAGGAAGUUUUAUUUGCAAUUGCCCUGAAGGUUAUAGUGGCGACUCUUACAAAGAAUGUAUUGAUAUCAAUGAAUGUUUAAAUGAAAAUUCAUGUGGGGUAGGGGCAAACUGUGUCAAUCGACCAGGCUCUUUCACUUGUGACUGUCCUGAUGGAACGUUACCAGACCCCGAACCUUUCAUAAAAUGUUCUGAAAUUCUUACUUGUAAACACGACAAUGAUUGUCCUGGAAAUUCUCUUUGUGACCAGAAUAGAAAAUGUCUAUGUCCAGAACCAAACAUUGGAAAUGAAUGCCGACAUCCGUGCGAGAAUUUAAGUUGUGGAAGUAACUCAGAAUGUCUUUUAAGUAAUCAAGUCGCCCAAUGCACAUGUCGAAGUGGUUUUACAGGAGAUCCAUUGUCUUCUAUAGGAUGUCAGGAUAUCAAUGAAUGUGACGUUAGUCCUUGUUCAAUGGGUGCUGUAUGUAAAAAUCUACCAGGACAUUUUCAAUGUGAAUGCCCCGGAAAUUUCAGUGGAGAUCCUUAUUUAAAUGGGUGUAUUAUCAGCAAAACACCUAACGAGUGUAGUAAUGUUAACCCAUGCCCUUACGGUGAGCAGUGUAUUCUACACGAAGGUGAAUAUGUUUGUAUUUGUUCGCAAGGAUUUUCUCGCAACAAGGAAACCAGUUCUUGUGAAGACAUAAAUGAGUGCACCCAACUCGGACGUACUCCUUGUGGAAUAAAUGCUAUAUGUAAAAAUUUACCCGGUAGCUACGAAUGUAAAUGCCCCCCAGAAUAUAGCGGUAAUCCGUACAACCUAUGUGAAAUUUGUGACGACGUCAGUUGUCAAUGCCAACCUCCGUAUAAGCUCGUAGAUGGAAACUGCGUUUUGUCUGGUUGUUCUGUUGAUAAAAAAUGUGGGAGAGGAGCAGAAUGCAUCAUUAUUUCAGAUGGAGUUAGCUAUUGUGCUUGUCCUGCCGGCUUUAUACAAAGUGGUGAUGGCUCUUGUGAAGAUAUCAAUGAAUGCACUUUUGGCCAACCAGUUUGUGGUUUCGGGGCAGAAUGUAUUAAUAUCAUUGGAUCCUAUACCUGUAAAUGCCCACCCGGUUACGGGAGGGAUACUAUAGCCGGACAUUGCAGUCUAGAUCAAAAAAGGUGCAUAAGCGAUUCUGAUUGUUUCGCUAAUGAAAAAUGUGUACAGCCAGGUAAUUGUGUGUGUCCUCCGCCAUUUUACCUAGAUGUGACAGAUGGGCAAAAAUGUAAAAGUCCUUGCGAAAGGUUUGUUUGCGGUAUCAAUGCUAAAUGUACACCUAGCGAUCCUCCUAAGUGUAUGUGCAUGCCCGGUUUUGAAGGAGAUCCAUAUACCGGUUGUACAAAUAGAAAUGAAUGCCAUAGUGCCCCUUGCGCAUAUGGUGCAAUUUGCCACGACAAGGUGGGAGGUUACACUUGUACUUGUCCAGAUAAUAUGGUCGGCGAUCCAUACAAGUCAGGAUGCACUCUAGAUGGAGAAAUGACACAAAGACAGUUAUGUAGUGGAAAUAUCCAAUGCCCCAACAAUCUCGCUUGCUUAAAUCGCACCUGUAUGUCUCCAUGCCUAACUGUUUCUUGCGGCCCCAAUGCAUUUUGUGAAGUCGAAAAUCACGCGGCCUGGUGUCGCUGCAGUCCUGGUUACACAAAGCCUGAAGGAGGAAAAUGCAUCUCUGGAUGUGACGAUUAUUCUUGCGCUUCAGCUGCUCAAUGUAUCAUAUCAAAAACGGGACCAACAUGUGUUUGUCCGGAAGGAAUGGUUGGGAAUCCAUUCCCUGGUGGAGCUUGCAGGAGAGAUAUUUGCGGGUCAGGAUUACCUUGUGAAGAACCGUUGAACUGUAUAGCUGGUCGAUGCCGACAGCGUUGUGAAUCAGUUGUGUGUGGAAUAGGUGCAUCAUGUGAUGAAACCAGCGGUCGUUGUAUUUGCAAUACAUAUUUUGUUGGAAAUCCAGACUUAUUAUGCAUGCCACCUGUUGCACCUCCAAAUUGUGAGCCAACAUGUACUGAUAAUGCACAUUGUACUUAUGGCCAAAUUAAUAUGUGCAAGUGUGACAAAGGUUAUACCGGAAAUCCAUACGUAAAAUGUCUGUCAAGAAAACAAAUAACUUGUGCAACUACUACUUGCGGAACCAAUGCAGUUUGUCAACAAACUAAGACUCAUGUCGAAUGUUUGUGUCCACCAGGCUAUGUGGGUAAUCCAAAUUUACAAUGUAUAGAUAUAGAUGAAUGCAGCUCUAGACCAUGUGCUGAAAAUGCAAUUUGUAUCAAUACUCCUGGAAGUUAUAGCUGUAUUUGUAAGAGCAAAUACAUCGGCAACCCUUACGAAUUAUGCACACAAGUUUCAAUUUCUAAGUGUGUCGAUGGAUCUGUUUGCUCGUGUUCUCGCAAUGCAACGUGUCCUGAAGGGUUUAUGUGUCAAAAUUCUAAAUGCAUUGAUGUCUGUCAAUCUAUUAUAUGUGGUCCCAAUUCAAUCUGUGAGGAAGGACAAUGCGUAUGUCUACGAAGCUACACUGGAAAUCCAAAUGAUUUAAUGCAGGGUUGCAGUCUUGAUAAUAAAUGCAUCACAGAUAUUGAUUGUGAGAAUUCAGAAAUAUGUUUUCAAAUAGGAAGAACGGUUCGAAAAUGCGUAGACGCAUGUACAAAAAUUCAAUGUGGACCAAAUUCUUUGUGUGUCAGUACUAACCACCAAGCUCAUUGCAUUUGCGCUGAAGGAUAUAUAGGCAAUCCUAGUGACGUUAAGUCAGGCUGUCACUUGGAGCAAAGAGAACCAAAUCAAGAAUGUAACUUAGAUAGUGAUUGUAAUGCACCACAAAUUUGCUUUUCAAUAGACGGAAGUGGUAAUAAAAAAUGUCUUGAUUUGUGCUCUACAGUUGCCUGCAGUCCAAAUGAGAUCUGUAAUAUUGUAGAUAAUGUUGCUCAUUGUGAGUGCAAGAAUGGUUUUAUUUGGAAUCCAAUAAGCUCAAUGUGUGAGCAACCAACAACACCGAAUUGUGAAAACGACGAUGAUUGUGACGACACUAAGUCAUGUCAAAAGGAUGUACUCGGUGUAAAAAAAUGUGUGGAUAACUGUUCCGUAUUUACGUGUCCGCAAAAUUCAAGAUGUGUGACGAAACUACACAAAAGUCAAUGUCAAUGUUUAGCAGGUUUUAUUGGAAAUCCAAACGAACGCGAUGGUUGUUCACUUAUUGAUAAAAAUGAAUGUAUAAACGAUGUUGAAUGUAAAGAAAACGAUAUCUGUAAAGAUAUAGGAAGUUUAAAGAAGUGUGUCCCGGCAUGUCAAGAUAUAGUUUGUGGACCGAAUGCUGUUUGCGUUACUAAUAAUCACGUAGCUAAGUGUCAAUGUCCAUUGGGCGCUUUUACAGGCAAUCCAGAUGAUCUCGAUAAAGGAUGUCAAUCAGUUCCAUGUGUUUACAAUAUUGACUGCCAUUCUCAUGAAGUUUGUAACCGUAUUACCCACGAAUGUAUUAAGGUGUGUACAGAAAAUAGUUGCGGAGAGAAUUCUGUAUGCAUAGCAGAAAAUAACAAAUUUAAAUGUCAAUGCUUACCCGGAUAUCUUCCUGAUCCAUUACCUGAAAUCGGUUGUAGAAAAACGGAAUUAUGCAAUCCUAACCCUUGUCAUGAAACCGCAAUUUGUGAACCACGGUCCUCAACUUAUAUUUGUAAGUGCCCUCCUGGUCUCAUUGGAGAGCCUAAACACGAUGGUUGUCAUAAGCAAGUUGAUUGUCCAAAAGGGGAUGUUGACUGUCCCGACGAAUCCGUUUGUGCUAAUGGUAUUUGCAUUAACCCAUGUGAAGGUGCUUGCGGUACGAAUACUUUAUGUAAAUUUGUAAACAAAAAAACCGUUUGUUUAUGUGCCGAUGGUUACGAAAGCACGAUAGAUGGUAAAUCGUGUAAGAAAAAAGUGAUAGCAUGUGCAAACGAUGUCGACUGUGACGGUGAUAUCUGCCACAAUGAACAAUGCUUUUCAGCUUGUAAGAAUUCUAGUCAUUGUGAUUCCGGGGAAGAAUGUUUUAAAAACUACUGUGUUACUAGAUGCCAAAAACAUGAUCAGUGCAGCAUUGGACAAGCUUGUGUUGAAGGUCAGUGCUUAAUUGGAUGUAGAACCAAUGAAGUUUGUCCAAGUGAAGAAGCAUGUAUUAAUAGUAGAUGUGUAAAUCCUUGUUUGGCGACAAGAGUUUGUGGCCCUAAUGCUAUAUGCUCGAGAAUUAACCAUAGCACAAAAUGUGAAUGUCCUGAUGGAUUCGAGGGAUCUCCGACGCCACAGCAAGGAUGUGUACGAAAGCCAGCAAGUUGUACUAGAACAUCCCAGUGCCCACCGGAUCACAUGUGUAUUGGAUUUCUUUGUCAAGUUCCCUGUCAAGAUAAUUCUAAUUGUGCAAUGGGAGAAAUAUGUAACGACAAUAAAUGCAAUAAAAUAUGUCACACUAGUAGUAAUUGCUUACAUGGUGAACACUGUAGUGCUGGAGUAUGUAUUCCUGGUUGCAAAAGCAACUCUGACUGCCCCAAUAAUCAACUUUGUGCUUCAAAAGAAUGUUAUUGUGCUGCAGGGUUUAAAAUGAUAAACAGCGAAUGUUUAAAUCUUGAUGAAUGUCUUAAUAGCCCAUGCCAUCCAUCAGCUCAAUGUAUAGAUACUGAAGGAUCUUUUAAAUGUAUUUGCCCUACUGGUGCAAUUGGCGAUCCUUAUAAAACUGGUUGUUUGCUUCCGAAUCAGUGUAGACAGGAUAGCCAAUGUGAUGAAUCUCUAGCUUGUAUUCGAGGAAAGUGUUCAAAUCCCUGCCGCACUAACGGUUGUGGCCAUAAUGCUCUUUGCCAAGUUAAUAAUCAUAGGACAACAUGUACUUGUGAAAAAGGACAUUUGGGCAAUCCCUUCGAUAGGAAAAUUGGUUGCUUUAAAGUUGAAUGUAUUGAUGAUUUAGACUGUGCUAAUGAUAAAUACUGUAAUCCUGAAAGUAAUAAAUGCUCUGAAAAAUGUAAGGAUUCCGUAUGCCAAGGGGGUAUUUGUAAAAUCGAAAAUCACAGAGAAGUUUGUAUUUGUUCGUCCGGAUUUGAAUUGAUCAAUAAUAAAUGUGAAGAUACAAAUGAAUGUAUUAAUAAUCCAUGCCCUUUAAAUGCACAAUGUGAUAAUACGAUGGGAUCGUUUAAGUGUAAUUGUGUUAAUGGAACUAUUAGAGACGUAAAUAGUGACACUUGUAAAAUGCCUGGAGAAUGUCAAACAGACAAUGACUGUUCCGAGUUAACAAAUUGUUACAAAAAUCAUUGUGUUAACCCAUGUGAUAAAUUGGUGUGCGGAAAUAAUGCUGUAUGUGCAGUGUCCAAGCAUAAGCCUCUAUGUGAAUGUGAACCAGACAGUGAAGGUGAUCCAUACAAAAAGUGUACAAAGUUUGAAUGUGUAAAAGAUUCGGAUUGCUCCUCUGAAGAAGCUUGUUCUAAUAGCAUAUGUAUUAACUCCUGCAGUUUACCACGUGCUUGUGGUAAAAACACCAACUGUUUAUCGAAAGAUCACGUCGGGUAUUGCUCUUGUAUGUCAGGUUAUACGGGUGAUCCUGUACUUGGGUGUGUACCUAUUCAAUAUUGCAAUGAUGACAGUAGAUGUUCUUCAGGUACAAAAUGUGUUGAAAACUUAUGUUUAGCCGUGUGUCAAAAUUCAAGAGAUUGUUUUGAUGAUCAAAUUUGCAUUCAGGAAACAUGUAGAUUAACAUGUAAUUCAAAUGACACCUGCCCAGAUUCACAUUUCUGUGCUAACAGAAUUUGUAUGAAAGAUGUUAAAUGUAUAUCACACAAUGAUUGUGCUGAAGACGAACAGUGUGGUAUUGGAUCCAACGGCAUAUCUAAUUGUACUAAGAUAUGUGAAAAUCAACCAUGCGGGAGAAAUGCAUAUUGUUCAGGUAUUUCCCAUAAAUCCGUUUGCUUGUGCAAAGAGGGUUUCCUUGGAGAUCCGAUAAAAGGAUGUGAAAAAAAAGAAUGCGACACUGAUUUAGAUUGCAGCGAGGAUAAAAUUUGUAGAGAUAAUAUGUGUAAAACAGUUUGUUCAAUUAAUAACAAUUGCGGAGAGAAUUCAAUUUGUUCAUCUGAAAAACAUAGGCUCGUUUGCUACUGUCAACCUGGGUUUACUGGAGAUCCAGUUAAAGGAUGUGUAAAAGUUAAUUGGUGUGAUUCAAAACCUUGUGGUAGAGGCGCUGAAUGUAUUAACACGCGAAGUAAUGCGAAAUGCACAUGCCCUGCGGGAACUGUAGGAAAUCCAUAUAAAGAAGGAUGCCAUAAGGCUGAGGAAUGUAGAUUUAAUAGAGACUGUCCUGUUGUUGCUCGUUGUACAGUUAUCGGCAGUGUAAGAAAAUGCACAGAUGCUUGUGAGAGUAUUAAAUGUGGGGCAAACGCUGAGUGUAUAGCAGCAAGACAUUCUGGUCAGUGUAAAUGUAAAGCGGGAUACAUUGGAAAUGCAGCCAAUGAUAAAGGCUGCCACCUUCAGGAAAUAACAUGCACUGAAAAAAGUGAUUGCCCAGAUGAUUUAUAUUGUCAUCAGGGAGUUUGUAAAGGAGUAUGCAUAAAUGAUGAAGAGUGUGAAUUAAACGAAAACUGUUACAAUGGUCAAUGUAUCAAUCCUUGUCAAAUGGAGAAAACUUGUGGGCUUAAUGCAAUUUGCCAGACUGAAAACCACGUCAUACAAUGCAGUUGUCCUUAUAGUUUCACUGGAAAUCAAGAUGUCGAGUGCGUUAGAACACCCAGGUUGUGUGGUUCUGUCGGGGAAUGUGAAGAUGGCUAUGUUUGCAAAGAUUCGGCAUGUCUACCUCACUGUAACUUAGACGAAGAUUGCGCCAUGAAUGAAAGAUGUUCCCAAGGAACUUGCAUGCUAACAUGUCGCGUCGACAAUGACUGUUUUCUCGGGCAUAUAUGUUUAUCAAACAGUUGUCGAUAUGGAUGUAGACAUGAUGAUGAUUGUGGACAGGCUGAAAUUUGUAACAACAACUACUGUAAAAAUCCUUGUGCUCAAGAUGUUAAUCCUUGUGGUCCAAAUGCAUUAUGUUCCGUCGUUGAUCGUAAAGCUGUUUGCACUUGUUCCGAUGGUCUUAUAGCAAAUCCUACACCUAAUAUUGGAUGUGUUCGAACGCCAUCUUUGUUUUGUCAGAUGCACACUGAUUGUGCUAUUGGCUGGAGGUGCGAAGACAAUCGAUGUCGUCCAGUAUGUAAUGUGGACGGAUCAGAAUGCUUAGAAGGGGAGCGAUGUCAUUCAGGAGUAUGUCGAUACGCUUGCACUUCAGAUGAGCAUUGUUCAGAUGAUGAAGUUUGUGACGGUCACUUUUGUAUUACUGGCUGUAAAUCAAAUUCACAUUGUCCAAGUAAUCUGGCUUGCAUAUCGGGACAGUGUGUAGAUACCUGUAUAGAACCAGGAACAUGUGGUGCAAAUUCUUUAUGCGUCACAGAGGAACACCGUGCAGUGUGUACAUGCCCUCAAUUCUUAGUUGGCGAUCCAAAAGUUGUUUGUAAAAGAAUUCCAUCACCCUGUGAUAGUAACAAAAAUUGCCCUGAUGGCUUAAGUUGCUACGGAGAUACGUGCUACCCAUCAUGCAGAAGGGACAACAUAUGCCUAUCAAACGAAAAAUGCAUACGUGGUAUUUGUAGGCUUAUCUGCAAUAGUGACGAAGCUUGCAGUGAAGGACAUAUUUGCGAAAACAGAAUUUGUAAGCAAGGUUGUCGAGAUGAUAAUGCUUGUGAUUCUAAUCAAGCUUGUUUAAACGGACAAUGUAAAGAUCCCUGUAAGGAUAUUUUGGCUUGUGGAAAUUGUGCAGAGUGUAAAGUAUUGAAUCACCGUAGAUUAUGCAGCUGUUCAAGUAAUUAUACAGGAAAUCCACUAGUUGAGUGUAAGAAGAAACCACUACUAUGUGAAGGAUUUUGCCCAUGCGAUGAUAGUGGAUAUUGUGUUUCAAUUUGUAGUGAUGAUUCAGAUUGUAGAUGUGGUGAGAAAUGCAUUGAAGGUGGAUGCAGAACAGUUUGUUCAGCAAGGAAUAAAUGCCCUGAGAGACAAAUAUGUGCGCAAGGUGCAUGUAUUCCUGGCUGUAACAAUAACAGAGAUUGUGGUGAUGAUAUGACAUGCUUAUCAAAGAAAUGCGUGGAAGUUUGUAGUGAAAAAUCGUGUGGAAACAAUGCAAUUUGUUUAGCAAAUAGACAUCGACCAAUAUGCAGUUGUCCUAGCGGUUACUCUGGGGAUCCUCGAAAAGAAUGUAAGCCUUAUGAGUGCAUAAAAAACACCGAUUGCGCAUCAGAUGAAUUAUGCAAUAACGAAGGAAAGUGUAAAAACGUAUGUUUGAAUGCUUGCGGUGCCAAUGCUAUAUGCCGUCCUGAGAAUAGAGUACCACAAUGUUCCUGCCCACCAAACUAUAUUGGAAAUCCAAAAAUUGAAUGUUCAAAGCCGGCUGUUGGAAGUUGCUUACGCAAUCCAUGUGGAAUUAAUGCUCGUUGUCGUGAUUUGGAUGAUGGAAGUUACGAGUGCACAUGUCCUCCGGGCUGUGCUGGAAAUUCGCAAAAACAAUGUUUUUGUGGCACGAUGACACCGUGUGCCCACAAAACGUGUGGUAGUAAUGCUCAAUGCAGGAUUGAUCACAAGAGUGAAGCGCAAUGUUACUGUCCGCGCAAUUUCCCAAACGGAGACCCUAAUAUAGAAUGUGCAUUAGAGCGAAGCGUUGUUGAUUGUCGGACCACUGGAUGUGGAAUAAAUGGAGAAUGCUUAAGAGAAGGGGCUGAAUUUGUAUGUCGUUGUAAUCCUGGCACAGAAGGACAAGCAGAUAUCGAAUGUCACACCAGUAUCGAAUGUACGAGCGAUAAAGACUGUCCAGUAGACAAAGCGUGUUUGAGCUUACGUUGCGUCGACCCCUGCACCAUACGCGGCGUGUGUGGAGAAGAUGCCCUGUGCGUAUCUGUAAUGCACCGAGCGCAGUGUUCGUGCCCACAGUGCUAUGUGGGCCAGCCACGUUCAUCCUGUCGACCCGAUCCUAAUUGUAAACCCACUUCAGAAAUCAACAUAACAUUCAAUUGUUCUGACUCUAAGCCAUGCCCGUUGAAACUGGCCUGCGAUUUAAGUACAAAUCUAUGUCGGAAUCCAUGCUUGGGGUACCAAAAUUGUAGCAGAAAUCAAAAAUGUGAAGUUCGGAAUCAUAUGCCUGUUUGUGUAUGCCGUAACGGGUUUGCUCUUAAUGAAAGAGGAGAGUUAACAUGUGCACCAGAAAACGCAGAAUGUACGAGAGAUGAGCAAUGCCCCUCAAACGCAGCAUGUCACGAUUCGAAAUGUGUGAAUCCUUGUUUAACGUCUAAACAGCCAAUUUGUGAGAAGGGAAAACAAUGUGAUGUCCUUGAACACCGGGCUUACUGCAUUUGUGUUGAAGAUUGUCAUCCAACGGUUUCUAUAUGUUUAAGAGAUAAUGGAUGUCCCCACAAUUUAGCAUGCAUAAACUUCCAAUGUAAAGAUCCUUGUAAACAAGCUUGUGGUGACGCACCAUGUUCAGUAGAAGAUCAUCAUCCUGUAUGCAAGUUUUGUCCUAAUGGAUUUACACACGAUGAAAAACAUGGCUGCAUUAAAGCAUUAGAGUGUGGUGCACAUGAGCAGUGCGCGGUGGGACUGGCGUGCGUGAGUGGCCGUUGUUCUGAUCCCUGCGAGCGUGGCGGGCCGUGUGCUACAGGACAGCAUUGCGCUGUCGUAAAUCAUCAGCCUGUCUGUUCAAAGGUUUGCCAAUGUCAAACAUCUUCGGACUGUGCAAGAUACCCUAAUACAAAGUGCGAUGGAUGCGUCUGUGUACAAGGUGAACGUCCAUCUCCAAAUUGUGGCCAUUGCCGACCUGGAGUACCCUGCGAUCCAUUUUCGGGAGCUUGCAUGGAAAAACCACCUGGAACACCUAAGGCACCAGAACCUUGUCAUUCUGAUCGGGAUUGUAUAGAAACAGAAGCCUGUUUUAUGGAACUUUGUCAAAACCCUUGUGACUUUGACAAUGUAUGUGGCGUUGAAGCUAAAUGUCAUCCAGUUAAACAAAGACCUAUGUGCUCGUGUCCAGCUGGUUAUGAUGGAGAUCCCGCUGUAAAGUGUACACCUACAAAAUCUGGUUGCACUCGCAAUGAAGACUGUCAAUUAACUGAGGCUUGUAUAAAUAAUGCAUGUCAACAUCCAUGUGAAAUACAUAAUCCAUGCGUACCUAACGCUGUCUGUAUAAAUACAAACCACGGUUCAGAUUGUAGUUGCGUCGAAGGAUAUAAUGGCAAUGGAUACGUUGGUUGCGUCCCAGUGGUUGAUAGUCGUUCAGUUUGUCAAUAUAAUGAAGACUGUCCACCAGAAUUAUUGUGUGAUAGAUUAAACAGAGUGUGCAUUAAUCCAUGUGCGAUAAACGAAUGUGGAGAUAACGCCGAGUGUUUUCCUUCAAAUCACGGUAUACAAUGCAAAUGUUUCGCAGGAUUUACUGGGAACCCAUUUUUGGAAUGUUACCAAGUACAAGGUUGUAGGUCCGACAAUGAGUGUGCAAAUUCUGAAGCAUGUAUAAACGGAAAAUGUGAAUCACCAUGUAGAUGUGGAACUAAUGCAAUAUGUGAUGUCCAAAAUCACCGGGCCUCAUGCAAGUGUUUGGGUGGUUACUCUGGUAACCCAACUUUGAGUUGUGAGCCUCCAACGAAUCCUUGUAUACCAAAUCCAUGCGGGAUAAACGCACUUUGUGAAAUUGACAAUGGCAAUCCGAUAUGUUUCUGCCCCAAAGGAUUGACGGGCAAUCCGUUCAAGACUUGCAUUCCGGAAGGCAAUGAAUGUGAACCCAACCCGUGUGGACCAUUUACUGGAUGUCGAAUAAUAGAUAAUAAGCCGGCUUGUUUCUGCUUACCAAAUUAUGAAGGAAAUCCUCCGCGCCAGCCAUGUCGUUUGCCAAAUAAUCCAUGUAAUCCAUCUCCAUGUGGACCGAAUACACAGUGUACAGUAUUAUCGAAUGGAUUCUCUAAAUGUACAUGUUUGCUAGGUUAUGUUGAAAGUCCAAAUACUGUACGCGGUUGCGUCGAAUCGCGGAAUCCUUGUGAGCCAAAUACUUGUGGUAUAGGAGCACGAUGUGAUCCAAAUAGAGCCCCUGCCUGUUAUUGUCCAGAAAACACGCGAGGAAAUCCUUACAAGUCUUGCGGCCCUCAAUCUUAUUUGCCCCCGUCUGUCCUCUGCCAACCAGGAAACUGUGGAGAAAAUGCUGAUUGCUAUGUAAGUAGUAACAGAGAAAUGUGUUUCUGUAAAGCUGGAUUUAUCGGUGAUCCGUACAUUGGUUGCCAACCACAGAAAAGUCCUUGUAAUCCAAGUCCUUGUGGGUCGCAAGCGGUAUGUAACAUUAAUUACGAUGGGCAAGCAUUAUGUACCUGUAGUGAAGGGAGCACUGGUGAUCCAUUCAGUUUAGAAGGCUGUCAUUCCCGGGAAUGCGAAAUCGAUGAUGAAUGCGCAUUAGAUAAGUCGUGUAUUGGUUACACGUGCCGUGACCCAUGUCCUGGUAUAUGCGGAUUAAACGCAAGAUGUCACGUAGAGGCUCAUCAUCCGGUGUGUACUUGUGAAGAUGGAUUAAUAGGAAAUCCUUUGCUGUGUUGUUUACUACCCGAAGAACUUAAAUCGAAUAGACCAUGUAAUCGUGCGCCAUGUGGUACGAACGCUAUUUGUCAAGAUGUAGGAGAAAACGCUUUAUGUUCCUGCCCCCCUGACUUUUAUGGAGAUCCAACAAAGGAAUGUAAGCCAGAAUGCCUAAUGAACUCUGAUUGUUUACCAAAUGAAGCUUGUAUUAAUCGAAAAUGUAUUGAUCCUUGUGCACAAAGCAAUGUCUGUGGUAUAAAUGCUAUUUGUAUAUGUUCAGAACAUACUGUGUCAUGUUUAUGUUCCGACGGAUACAUAGGAGAUCCAUUGAUUCAGUGCAUAUAUCGACCAAUUAUAAUUGUACCCGAGAAUUCAACCUUACAGCCAUGUACACCGAAUCCUUGUGAUUCCAAUUCAUUAUGUGAUACUUAUGGAGACAAGUUUGCUGUUUGUAAUCUUUGCACUGGAUCUAAUGCUAUCAACAAUCCUGCCUGCCGACCGGAAUGCGUUUUGAAUUCGGACUGUGCAUUCAAUAAAUUUUGUUUAAAGAAUAAAUGUGUUGAUCCUUGUCCUGGGUCAUGUGGUGUUAAUGCUGAAUGCAAAGUGUACCACCACGAUCCGAUUUGCCAAUGUAAAAAUGGAUUCGAAGGCAAUCCUUACGAACAUUGCAAGUUUACAAAAGAGCCUGCUCCGCCUGAAACAUGUGACAAUGUCCGAUGUGGAGCAAAUGCUAUAUGUCAAGAUUUGAAUAACGCCUUAACGUGUAAAUGUUCACCCGGUUUUUACGGUAAUCCGUACAUGUCUUGCAGACCAGAAUGCGUCGUAAAUAGUGAUUGUUCCACUAAUUUGGCGUGCAUAAAUAAUAGAUGUGAAAAUCCUUGUCAAAAUGUUUGUGGAAUUGGAGCCUUGUGCGAAACUGUUAAUCAUAAUGCUAUCUGUUAUUGUUCACCGGAUCAAACUGGCGAUCCAUACAUAAGAUGUCAAGAAAAUACUCCCGCAACACCAACAUUGUACUCAUGCGAUCCUUCACCAUGUGGACCUUAUAGCCGCUGUCUGGUUUCAGCAUCUGGAUUUGCCGUAUGCUCUUGUCUGCCUGGUUUUAGAGGUGUUCCACCAAUGUGUCAACCAGAAUGUGUUAGUAAUUCCGAUUGCCCACAAAAAGAUACUUGUGUCAACCAAAGAUGUAUAGAUCCAUGCCAUGGUAGCUGUGGAGUUGGGGCGAAUUGUAUUGUAGUAAAUCAUAACCCAAUAUGUAGCUGUGGGCCAGGGGAAACGGGAGAUCCUUUUGUUGUGUGCACAGCAUUCGUUGACAAUUUCCCGAAUGAAAAGAAUCCGUGUAUACCAUCACCAUGCGGGCCUAAUUCCGUUUGUGAAAUAAAAUCUAAUCAUCCGGUAUGUUCUUGUCAAUUGAACUACUCUGGAUCACCACCAUAUUGUAGACCUGAAUGUAUUAUUAGCCAAGAAUGCCAAUCAAACCAAGCUUGCAUAAAUGAAAAAUGUGCAGAUCCAUGCAUUGAUGCCUGUGGAAAUAAUGCGGUAUGCAAUGUUGUGAACCAUACGCCUUUGUGUAGUUGUGUAGAUGGAUACAAAGGGGACGCUUUUAUAGGAUGCAUGGCUGUGUCGAGAGAUGACUCGGUAACACCAUGUAAUCCAUCACCUUGUGGCGAAAACACAAUCUGUACAGUUAUCAAUAAUGCAGCCCGAUGUUCGUGCAUACCUCCCAAUAUUGGAAAUCCAUAUGCAGGUGGAUGCCGACCUGAAUGUUCUCAUAAUUCCGACUGUCCAAAUAAUUUGGCCUGUUUAUCGAAUCAUUGUCGUGAUCCAUGCAAAGACUUAUGCGGCAUAAACGCAGAGUGUAUUGUUACCAAUCAUGUUCCUGUGUGCACUUGCUUCAAAGGCUACGAAGGGGAUCCAUUCUCAUCAUGCCGUCGAAAAUAUGCAACACCCGCGACACCAAUAAAUCCGUGUCAACCUACGCCAUGCGGCCCUAACAGCGAGUGUCACGUAGUUAGUCAGCGAGCCGCCUGUUCAUGUCGCGCCGGCUACCUCGGUACUCCUCCAGCUUGCCGUCCUGAAUGCGCGGUGAAUUCAGAAUGCCCAACCAAUAGAGCUUGCAUUAACCAAAAAUGCAAGGACCCAUGUGUACACAGCUGUGGCCUUGACGCGCUUUGCCACGUCGUCAGCCAUAAUCCUAUCUGUAUGUGUCCUGAAAACUUUCCUGAAGGGGAUCCAUUCAUCCGAUGUUUAAAGAAAAGUAUUUCGCUGCCAGCACCUAAUCCGUGUUUACCUUCGCCAUGUGGGCCGCAUUCUACUUGUCGGGAUGAAGCUGGCCGAGCAGUUUGUGCCUGCGAGCCUGACACUUUGGGUGCUCCUCCAACAUGUCGACCACAAUGUCUUAUUAACCAAGACUGCCCACUUGCUCUUGCGUGCCUAAGUGGUAGCUGUGUCAACCCCUGCGUAGGUUCCUGCGGGUUUAACGCCCGUUGCGUGGUUCAAAAUCAUCAACCACUAUGCUCUUGCGAUGAAGGCUACUCAGGAGACCCAUUCUCUGGCUGCAAUCCAAUCGAAACUCCUAGAGAAGUUUUCAGUCAUCCUUGUAAUCCAUCACCUUGUGGACCUAAUGCCAUUUGUAAAGAAAGAAAAGGUGCUGGUGCGUGUACAUGUAUAGAUGACUUUUAUGGAGAUCCUUACUUGGGAUGUAGACCUGAAUGCGUUAUGAAUACAGAUUGUGCUAUUGGCAGAACCUGUUUUAAUAACAAAUGUGUAGACCCAUGCCCGGGAUCUUGCGGACAAAACUCAGAAUGUAGAGUUUCCAAUCAUGCACCUUCAUGUUUCUGCUUGCCGGGAUAUACUGGAAAUCCUCUUCAUGCAUGUUCUCCUACCACAUCUAUUGCGGAACCGGUUGAUCCAUGCCACCCUUCACCCUGUGGCCCUUACAGUAAAUGUCGUACAUUCAAUGGACAUGCGGUUUGUACAUGCCUUGAUAUGUGUGUCGGUUCUCCUCCAAAUUGUCGACCUGAAUGUAUUGUUAGUGCUGACUGUAGACAAAACAAAGCGUGCAUACACAAUAAAUGUCAAGAUCCAUGCCCUGGUACCUGUGGAAUAAAUGCUCAAUGUCAAGUCGUAAACCAUAACCCUAUCUGCAGCUGUUUAAAUGAGUUUACUGGUGAUCCAUUCGUGAAAUGCUUUUUGGAAGAUAAACAAAUGACACCUAUAAAUAAUUGCCUACCGAAUCCAUGCGGUCCACAUUCUCAAUGCAACGACAUAAAUGGACAUCCCGUAUGUUCCUGUUUAAGAAAUUAUAUAGGUCGUCCACCAAACUGUCGACCCGAAUGUGUAAUGGAUAUUGAGUGUCCAGGAAAUCUUGCAUGUAUAUCUGAAAAGUGUAGUGACCCAUGCCCUGGUUCUUGUGGUUUUCAUGCAACUUGCAACGUAGUAAAACAUAUUCCGAUUUGUGUAUGUGAUCAAGGAUACACUGGUGAUCCGUUCUCGGGAUGUUCAAUUGCCCCUUCUAUCGAACCACAAUUGGAAAAUCCAUGUGCCCGAUCACCUUGUGGUGUUAAUGCUGUGUGCAAAGAAAGGCACGGUAUUGGAUCGUGUUCAUGUCUUCCUGAAUACUAUGGUGAUCCAUACAUAGAAUGCAGACCAGAAUGUGUAUUAAAUUCAGACUGUCCAAAAGACAGAGCCUGCAUAAAUAACAAAUGUACUGAUCCCUGUCCGGGUGUUUGUGGAAUGAACGCCGAGUGUCGUGUAAAUAAUCACGCCCCAUCUUGUGCGUGCCAUUUGGGAUAUGAGGGAAAUCCUUUUACUUCUUGUUACCUAAGUCCCAUUGAAAAACAGUCAGAUCCAUGUGUACCUACACCAUGUGGACCAUACAGUGUGUGCCGUGCUCAUAACGGGCAUGCUAUUUGUUCGUGUCAGGAGCAAUAUUUCGGCUCACCUCCGAAUUGUCGUCCUGAAUGUAUGGUCAGCAGUGACUGUAUGCCAAACAGGGCUUGUAUCAAUCAGAAAUGCAUAGACCCAUGUAUUGGUGCUUGCGGUGUAAAUGCCAAAUGCACUGUUGUCAAUCACAAUGCUUUAUGCAGUUGCCCACGUGACUAUGUUGGCGAUCCGUUCGUUAAUUGUGCCUUUGAGAAACGACCGGAACUAAAACCAUCAGGCAAUCCCUGUAUUCCUUCACCAUGUGGCCCAAAUUCACAAUGUCGAGUUAUAAGAGAAACCCCAGCGUGUUCUUGUAAAGCCGGAUAUAUUGGACGCGCACCACAUUGUCGACCAGAAUGUAUAUAUGACGAAGAAUGCCCAAGUAAUCUUGCAUGCAUUCGUGAAAAAUGUAUGAGUCCUUGUGAUGGCUCUUGUGGAUCUAAUGCUAACUGUAAUGUAAUCGCACAUAAAGCUGUAUGUCACUGUCGUGAAAGUUAUACAGGGGAUCCUUUUAGUGGUUGCUAUUUUAUUGUGACAGUACCAAGUGAAGAUGAAACUAAUCCUUGCAAUCCAUCGCCAUGCGGACCAAAUUCUCAAUGCACUGAAAAGAACAAUGCUGGAGCAUGUACUUGUUUGCCAGGCUACUUUGGAGACCCAUAUCUUGGCUGUCGACCUGAAUGUGUCACUAAUAAUGAUUGCUCUCCCGACAAAGCUUGCUCGAAUAAUAAAUGCAUAAACCCUUGUCAAGGCGCAUGUGGAGUAAAUGCCUUAUGUAAUGUUGCACACCACACUCCAGUUUGUCUGUGUUUCGAUGGUUAUGAAGGAAAUCCCGCUAUAUCAUGCCAUCUGCAAAGACAACCUCCUGAAGAUUUCAAUCCUUGUGUUCCAUCACCAUGUGGACCUUACAGUCAUUGUAAAGAGAUUAACGGACACGGAGUAUGUUCUUGUGAAGAAGGAUACAUAGGAUCUCCACCAACUUGUAGACCUGAAUGUGUAACUAGUACAGAUUGUCCACAACAUCAAGCAUGCAUUAAACAAAAGUGCAACGAUCCAUGUCCUGGAACGUGUGGAGUUAACGCUCGGUGCCAAACAAUAAAUCAUAAUCCUAUUUGUACGUGCAAAGCAGGAUUUACUGGUGAUCCAUUCGCAGUUUGUCAGUUGGAGCAAAAACCUAUCUUUAUGGGGCCUAAAGGAAAUCCAUGCCUACCAUCACCAUGUGGUCCAAACUCUCAAUGUAAAGUAGUUGGAGAAGCGCCUGCAUGUUCAUGCUUACCAAAUUACAUUGGUAUUGCACCAAAUUGUAGACCUGAAUGUUCUAUCAAUGCGGAAUGCUCCGGUAAUCUUGCAUGCCAGAAUGAAAAAUGUGUAGACCCUUGCCCAGGUUCUUGUGGCUUUAAUGCUGACUGCACCGUAGCGAAUCAUGUAGCAUUAUGUAACUGUUUACCGGGUCAUACUGGUGAUCCAUUCAGCGGAUGCUCUGUCAUUGAAUAUGCUUCAGAACCGCCACCUAAUCCAUGCCAUCCAUCACCGUGCGGUGCAAAUGCACUGUGUAAAGAACGAAAUGGAGUUGGUUCUUGCGCCUGUUUACCAGAAUAUUUUGGAGAUCCGUAUACGGGAUGUCGUCCGGAGUGUGUGUCAAAUUCGGAUUGUGAUCGUAAUAAGGCUUGCUCGAACAACAGAUGUAAAGACCCAUGCCCCGGAUCGUGUGGUAUUCAUGCAGAAUGUAGAACAGUAAAUCAUUCUCCAACUUGUACCUGUCUCUCUGGAUAUACAGGCAAUCCACUCGUAAAAUGUGACUUAGAAAUUAUUUCAGACGGCAAGGAAUCACAAGAACCUUGCCAACCAUCACCAUGCGGACCAAACAGCCUUUGUCGUGCGGUGAAUGGCCACAGUGUGUGCACUUGUGAAAUCGGUUACAUUGGGACUCCACCGUCGUGUCGACCAGAAUGCAUAGUUAGCUCAGAAUGUCCGCAAGACAAAGCUUGUAUUAACAAGAAAUGUGUUGAUCCGUGUCCAAACACGUGUGGCCUUAAUGCACGUUGUCAAGUUGUAACCCACAACCCUAUUUGUAGUUGUACUUCUGGAUACACCGGAGAUCCUUUCACCAAAUGUAGUCUUGAAGAGAGAACUGUGCCCACAAAUCCUUGUGUUCCUUCGCCCUGCGGACCAAAUUCCGAGUGCCGUGUAAUUGGAGAUCAAGCUGCGUGUUCUUGCUUAACUAACUAUAUUGGAAGAGUACCAAACUGCAGACCAGAAUGCACAAUUGACCCAGAGUGUCCUAGCAAUGCAGCUUGCAUCAAUGAGCGCUGCAAAGAUCCUUGCCAAGGCGCUUGUGGAUUAAAUGCACUAUGCUUAACCAUUAAUCACAAGCCAAUGUGCUCAUGCCAGCAAGGGUUUACUGGUGAUGCUUCUAGGAGCUGCAAUCAAAUUUUAAUAUCAACUACAGAAAUGACUCCAACAUCUAGUCCUUGUAGUCCAUCUCCAUGUGGACCUAACGCAGAAUGCCGUGAAAAUAAUGGCGCAGGAGCUUGUUUCUGCUCCGAGGGUUAUGAAGGUGAUCCAUACAAUACAAACGGAUGCCGGAGGGAGUGCGAAAGUAAUGACGACUGCUCUUUCAAUUUGGCAUGCACGCGAUUUAAGUGUAUAGAUCCAUGCCCUAGAACCUGUGGUCAAUUAGCUCAAUGCAUUGUUGAAAAUCACGUUCCUGUAUGUUCAUGCCCCGUGGGCUAUACCGGAGAUCCGUUUUUCGAAUGUAGAGAAAUACUUUUAGAACCUACUCCAAUGAGAAACCCAUGUGAGCCUACUCCAUGCGGACCGAACAGUCAAUGUCGCCAGGUUAAUAUGCAGGCAGUGUGCUCAUGUCUUCCGAAUUAUAUAGGCUCUCCUCCAUCAUGUAGACCUCAAUGUGUCGUAAACAGUGAAUGUGACACAUCUAAAGCAUGUAUCAAUCAAAAGUGUGACGAUCCUUGUCCAAAUACAUGUGGUCUUCGAGCGCAUUGUCUUGUUAAAAAUCAUAAUCCAAUAUGUACAUGCCCAUCAGGAAUGACUGGAGACCCAUUCACACAGUGUUAUACAAUACUGGCUACAACUGAUCGACCUCCAUCAUGUACUCCAUCACCAUGUGGGCCACAUUCACGUUGUCAACUAUUAGCAACUGGGCCUGCUUGCUCAUGCCUGCCAAGUUAUAUUGGUUCUCCACCGUCAUGUCGCCCAGAAUGUACCAUUAACUCAGAAUGUCCAGCAGCUUUAGCUUGCGUCAGACACAAAUGUGAAGAUCCCUGCCCAGGUUCAUGCGGAGUUGAAGCAAAUUGCCAUGUUUUGAAUCACGUAGCAGUGUGCGUAUGUAAUGAAGGAUUUACAGGAGAUCCUUUCUCUAGAUGUUUGCCAAUAAGAGAAGCACCUACGACACCUCCACCGUCAGAUCCUUGUAACCCAUCUCCAUGUGGACCAAAUGCAAAAUGUGAUAAUGGCUUCUGCACUUGCUUACCUAAUUACAGUGGUAAUCCGUACGAAUCAUGUCGACCUGAAUGCACCGGAAGUCAAGAAUGCCCCAGGGACAAAGCUUGUUUCAGAAAUAAAUGCCGCGAUCCUUGCCCUGGUGUCUGUGGUCAAAAUGCAAAGUGCGAUGUUAUUAACCAUAUACCGAGUUGUUCCUGUAUUUCUGAUUACACUGGUAAUCCGUUCACCCACUGCCAGCCGAUUGAAAAAGAAAGAGCACCUCCGAAAGACCCAUGUCAUCCAUCGCCAUGUGGACCUAAUAGUAUAUGUAGGACUACAGAUAACACGGCAGUUUGUGCUUGCGUUGAAGGAUUCCAAGGUUCUCCACCAGCAUGCAGACCUGAAUGUGUCGUCAGUUCUGAAUGUCCGUCAACUAAAGCUUGUGUCAAUCAAAAGUGUAUUAAUCCAUGUAUCAAUGCAUGCGGCUUGUCAGCACGAUGUGAAGUAAUAAAUCAUAGUCCUAUAUGUAGCUGUAAUCCAGGCCAAACCGGAGACCCAUUCAAGAGUUGUUACGAUGUGAUAACAACACUUCCUGACCCAGUCGAUGCUUGCAAUCCUUCACCGUGUGGUCCAAAUGCAUUAUGUAUUGAGCGAAACGAUAAAGCAAAUUGUAGAUGCGUGGAUGAUUAUGUUGGACAGCCACCAAAUUGUAGACCGGAAUGCGUCAUUAAUCCCGAUUGUCCUUCAAAUCAAGCCUGCGUCAGGAACAGAUGUAUUGACCCAUGCCCUGGAUCUUGUGGUAUAAAUGCUGAUUGCAUUAUUGUAAGCCACACCGUUUCAUGUAUAUGUAAAGAAAAAUAUACCGGAAAUCCUUUCUUACAGUGUGUGCCUUUAGAAGAAAAUGUUGUCAAACCAUGUGACCCAUCUCCGUGUGGAGCAAAUGCAGUUUGUACCCAACGAGACGGUGCAGGGGCGUGCUCAUGCCUUGAUGAAUAUCAAGGAAAUCCAUAUGAAGGCUGCCGACCUGAAUGUGUUCUUAGUUCAGAUUGUUCUGCCGAUAAAGCCUGCAUAAGAAAUAAAUGCGCAGAUCCUUGCCCUGGAAUAUGUGGAACAUUUGCAGAAUGUACAGUUGUUAAUCACGUUCCAACAUGUGCCUGCGUUAAAGACUACUCUGGAAAUCCAUUUGUACGUUGUGAGAAAAGUGAACCGUUACAUGAAAUAAGACCGUGUCAACCUUCACCAUGUGGUCCUAACAGUGUAUGCCGAGAAAAUGGCGAAUUAGCGUCUUGUGAAUGUUUACCAGAAUAUAUAGGAGCUCCACCUGAUUGUAGACCUGAAUGUACUGUGAGUAGUGAAUGUUCAUCAGAUCGUGCAUGUCACAAAUUUAAAUGCGCUGACCCUUGCAGAGGCACUUGUGGAUUAGGUGCACAUUGUCAAGUUAUAAACCAUAGUCCCUUGUGCAGCUGUCCAGCAGGCAGUACUGGCGAUCCGUUUACUGCUUGUCGAGAAAUAAAUUAUUCCGAAAUAGAAAAACCGAUUGAACCAUGUCAACCUAACCCAUGCGGUCCUUAUAGUGAAUGUCGUGGAGUUAACGAAUAUCCGUCGUGUUCUUGUAUGAUUGGUUACAUCGGAGCUCCACCAAAUUGCCGCCCAGAAUGUCUCGUUAAUACAGAUUGCCCAUCUCAUCAAGCAUGUAUAGCAGAAAAAUGUACAAAUCCUUGUGAAGGUUCUUGUGGUUUUAAAGCACAAUGCAGAGUGCAAGACCAUAUACCGAUUUGCAGCUGUCCAACUGGUUAUUCGGGAGAUCCUUUUAUACAAUGUUCCGAAGUAAUAGUUACACCAACUCCUGCAUAUGAUCCAUGUAAUCCAUCACCAUGUGGCAGUAAUACUGUAUGCGAGUCCGGAUCAUGUUCAUGUGUACCCGGUUACUUUGGUGACCCAUACUCGGGAUGUCGUUUAGAAUGUAGUACUAACGGUGAAUGUUCACCAAGUCUUGCAUGCCAAGGCGGAAGAUGUAUCGAUCCAUGUCCGGGAGCCUGUGGGACUGGAGCAACAUGCUCUGUGAAUAAUCAUAUACCGUCGUGUACCUGUCCACCGAACACGUCAGGAGAUCCAUUUGCAUUUUGUACAGAAAUUACUUUAGACGAGAAGCCAAGGUCACCUUGCAGUCCAUCACCAUGUGGUCCAUAUAGCGAAUGUACAGUGAGUGGUAAUGGCGCAGCUGCAUGUUCAUGCAAAAUUGGCCAUAUAGGUUCUCCACCAUCUUGCCGACCGGAAUGUCUUGUCAGCUCGGAAUGUAAACUUCAACUGGCUUGUGUCGACAGACGCUGUCGCGAUCCUUGCGAGGGUGCAUGUGGUCGUGGAGCUCGAUGCCAAGUAAUAGCACAUUCUCCGAUAUGUACCUGUAAUGACGGAUUAACUGGCGAUCCUUUCAGUUAUUGCUACCCGUUGCCAGCAUCUCCACCUACACCUGAAGAUUCUUGUCAGCCGUCACCUUGUGGACCUAAUUCGAUAUGUCUUAAAACCGGAGAGACACCAGCUUGCAGUUGCCAAGCUGGUUAUAUCGGAUCACCUCCAAAUUGUCGACCAGAAUGCACUAUAAGCGCUGAAUGUCCAGCAACGUUGGCGUGUGUAGCAUUACGAUGCAAAAAUCCUUGUGCGCAAGCUUGCGGACCCGGUGCCAUAUGCUCUGUUGUAGACCAUCGUGCAACUUGUGCAUGUGAAUCUGGUUUCCAAGGUGAUCCUUUCCAGGGUUGUUCACGUACCCAAGCUCCACAAAAGUAUGAAUACUUAAAUCCCUGUGAACCAUCGCCUUGCGGUGCAAAUGCAGUGUGUAAAGUACAAGGAAAUGCCGGGUCAUGUACAUGUAUUUCGGACUAUUUUGGCGACCCAUAUCAAGGCUGCAGGCCAGAAUGCCUAGUUGAUGCGGAUUGCCCCUUGGUUUUAGCGUGCAGCAGAAAUAAAUGUACUGAUCCUUGUCCAGGAGUAUGUGGAUACAAUGCAAACUGUUACGUCACAAAUCAUAAACCAACAUGCACUUGUAAAACAGGCUACAUUGGGAACGCGCUGUCCAUGUGUUCUAUUAUGCGAGGUGAAGAUUUAGCAGUGACGAACGUUUGUAAUCCAUCGCCGUGCGGAGCUGGUGCUGUGUGUAGAGAAAUUAACGGGCAACCAGUAUGCUCAUGUUUAAACAAUUUCGUUGGUUCGCCUCCAAAUUGUAAACCAGAAUGUGUUGUAAAUGCAGAAUGUAAAUCAAACAGGGCUUGUAUCAAUAACAGAUGCAUUAAUCCUUGUCCUAAACCCUGUGGGAAAAAUACUGAAUGUAGGGUAAUAAACCACAGCCCCGUUUGUUCCUGUCUUCAAGGAUAUUCUGGAAAUCCAUUUACGACAUGUAGUCAAAUAAUGCAUAUAUCUGCGAUAACAACAACAUCAACAAACCCUUGCAUUCCAUCACCUUGUGGCCUUUAUGCAGAGUGUCGAAAUAACAAUGAUUUGGCAUCGUGUUCAUGUCUGCCAUCUUAUACGGGUUCGCCGCCUUUCUGUAAACCUGAGUGUAUCAUUCAUUCCGACUGUCCUAGCAACCAAGCAUGUGUAGGUGAGAAAUGCCGAAAUCCUUGCGACGGCGCAUGUGGAAUUUAUGCAGAAUGCUUCGUGCAAAAUCACGUACCCGUUUGCUUGUGCUCAGAAGGAUUUACUGGUGAUCCGUUCCGCGAAUGCAGACCAAGACCGCUAACAGAUCCUACGCCGGAACCGCAACGCAAUCCAUGUUCGCCAAACCCAUGCGGACCGAACACAAAUUGUGAAAAUGGCGUUUGUAUUUGUUUAACUGGUUAUCACGGUGAUCCCUACCUUGGAUGUCGACCAGAAUGUAUAUAUAACACGGAUUGUCCACAAGAUAAAGGCUGUCAACGUAAUAAAUGUGUAAAUCCUUGUAUUGGUACCUGUGGAACAAAUGCGAUCUGCGAUGUUAAUAAUCAUAUCCCUAUGUGUACAUGUCCAAAGGGUAUGAGUGGUAAUGCAUUCGUUGAAUGUAGGCUUGUUACAGUAACAAAUGUCAACCCGUGCAACCCAUCCCCAUGUGGACCGAAUAGUCAGUGCCAACAAUCUAACGGCCAAGCAGUUUGUUCGUGUUUACCUGGAUAUCGUAGUAGUCCACCGACAUGCAGGCCAGAGUGUAUAGUUAGCCUUGAAUGCUCCUUAAAAGAGGCCUGUCAAAAUCAAAAAUGUGUAAACCCUUGUAUUGGCGCGUGCGGCGUGUCAGCAGUGUGUGAUGUAAUAAAUCAUAAUCCAAUAUGUUCAUGUCCGCCAUCAUUUACUGGAGAUCCAUUUUUAAAAUGCACCAUAUUAAUUGAACCAGUACAACAAAAUGAUCCAUGUGAUCCUUCGCCAUGCGGGCCACAUUCAACAUGUAGAAUAAGUGGAGCGGGUCCCGUAUGCGCAUGUUUAACAGGCUACAAGGGCUCUCCACCAAAUUGUAGACCAGAGUGUAUAAGCAACAAUGAAUGUGACUAUAAUUUAGCAUGUCUCAAUCAAAAAUGUUCUGAUCCUUGUGUGGAAAGUUGUGGAACUAAUUCUGAAUGCAGAGUUGUAAAUCAUUCACCUAUGUGCGUAUGUCUGGCUGGAUUUUCAGGAGACCCAUUUUCACAAUGCAAUCCCAUAACCUUAGCAUCUCCUGAAAUUUUGAAACCUUGUAGCCCAAGUCCAUGUGGCUCAAAUGCUAUAUGUAGAGAACAAAGAGGUAUCGGAGCUUGUCAAUGCCUGGAUGACUACUUUGGAAAUCCAUACGAAGGUUGCCGACCUGAAUGUGUAAUCAAUUCUGACUGUGCUCUUAACAAAGCUUGUUCAAGAAUGAAGUGCAUAGAUCCAUGCCCAGGUACUUGUGGUACCAACGCUUUAUGUCAAGUGAAUAAUCACUUGCCGAACUGUAUUUGUCAAACAGGAUACACUGGGAAUCCAUUCAGCCACUGUCACAUUACGCAAGAACCUCUACUAGCUGAUGAGAAUCCAUGUAACCCAUCUCCAUGUGGCGCUAAUAGUCAAUGCAAAGAAGUAAAAGGCCAAGCCGUGUGUUCUUGUUUGCCUACUUUUAUUGGAUCACCACCUAACUGUCGCCCAGAAUGUAUUGUAAGCUCAGAAUGCUCACCAAAUUUGGCUUGCAUCGACCAAAAAUGUUCUGACCCUUGCAUAAACAGUUGUGGUGAUAACGCAAAUUGCAACGUUAUUAACCAUAGUCCAAUUUGUGUAUGUAAAUCUGGACUUACUGGAAAUCCUUUCACUAAAUGCUUCCCUAUAAAAGUAUCUCAACCACCGGAUGUUAUACAAUCCGAAGAUCCAUGUUUGUCAUCACCCUGUGGUCUUUAUGCCGAAUGUCGGAAUAUUGGAGGUUCACCUUCAUGCGCGUGUCAAUCGGGUUAUGUUGGUAAUCCUCCCAAUUGUCGACCUGAAUGUACAAUUAAUUCCGAAUGUCCCAGCAAUCAGGCAUGCAUUAAUGAGAAAUGCCGCGAUCCAUGUUCUGGAGCAUGUGGUCUUAAUGCCCAGUGUACGGUAUUCAAUCAUAUUGCUCAGUGUGGAUGUGUGGAGAAAUAUAGUGGAGAUCCUUUUACACAGUGUGUUCCAAAACCACUUGAAGAAGAUUUCUAUGAACCAGAUCUCUGUAACCCUUCACCGUGCGGAUCGAAUGCACGGUGUAAUAACGGUGAAUGCACCUGUUUAUCUGGAUAUACAGGCGACCCGUAUUUUGGUUGCAGACCAGAGUGUCUUGUCAAUAAUGACUGCCCACAAAACAAAGCUUGUGCCAGAAACAAAUGUAUCGACCCAUGCAUUAAUACCUGCGGAAAAGAAGCAGAAUGUAACAUUUACAAUCAUGUACCAAUGUGCACUUGCCCCGCAAGUUACACAGGAAAUGCUUUCCUUGAAUGCAGAAAAAUUGUAGCGAUAGAAGCAAUUAAUCCUUGCAACCCAUCCCCCUGUGGACCUAAUAGCCAAUGUAGAGAGAUGAAUGGUCAAGCUAUUUGUACAUGUUUACCUAGCUACAAAGGAGCCCCUCCCACUUGUAGACCAGAAUGUGUCACUAGCGCUGAAUGUGCUUUAGACCGGGCAUGUUCUGGACAGCGUUGUAUUGAUCCAUGUAAAGGAAACUGCGGUAUUGGUGCUCAUUGUCAAGUAAUAAACCACAAUCCUAUUUGCUCAUGUCCAGCCGGUUUAGCUGGCGAUCCCUUCCUUAGAUGCAUAAAACGAGAUAUAGAACUGCAAGUACAAGUCAAUCCUUGUGAGCCGUCACCGUGUGGUCCCAAUUCUAUUUGCAGAGAAGUAGGAGGCUCGCCAUCUUGUGCAUGUCUCGACGAGUUUCUUGGAAGUCCACCGAAUUGUCGACCUGAGUGUAUUGCUAACAGUGAAUGUCCAAAUGAACUGGCUUGUAUUAAUCAAAAAUGUAAAGACCCCUGCCCCGGUUCCUGCGGAUUUGGUGCGGAGUGCAGAGUACUAAGUCAUGCACCUCAGUGCCUUUGUCCCGUGGGAUAUACUGGAGAUGCCUUUAUAGGGUGUAACGUUAUGAGCGUACCCCUUACACCAUGCUCUCCCUCACCUUGUGGACCUAAUGCGGUGUGUAAAGAAUACAAAGGCGCCGGUGCAUGUAUUUGUCUAACUGAAUACAUAGGAAAUCCAUACGAAGGUUGUCGUCCCGAAUGUGUAGUCAAUUCAGAUUGUCCCGUAAACCAGGCAUGUAUGCAGAAUAAAUGUAAAAAUCCAUGUGGUAACAUAUGUGGCCUUAAUGCAGUUUGCAAUGUAGUAAAUCAUCAACCGAUUUGCGAAUGCCUCCCAGGACUAACUGGAAGUCCAUAUCAAGUGUGCACGGAAAAAAAACAAGAUAUACCGGCAGAGUCUAGAAAUCCGUGUACACCCUCGCCAUGUGGACCCAACAGUAUUUGCAAAAUAUCUAAUGGUCAAGCUGUGUGUACAUGUCAACCAGAGUAUAUUGGAUCACCUCCUAGUUGCAGGCCAGAGUGCCUCGUAAGCUCUGAAUGUACGCAACAGCAAGCCUGCAUCAAUCAGAAAUGUAAGAACCCAUGUGAAGGCGUAUGUGGCUCAAACACUGAUUGUAAAGUCAUCAAUCACAGUCCGAUUUGUACCUGUGAACCGCAACAUACGGGAGAUCCAUUUAAUCGGUGCUUUAAAGUAGUUGAAGUUCUGAGUGUACCAACAAAUCCAUGUCUGCCAUCACCCUGCGGACCAUUCUCGCAGUGUUUGGAAAUAAAUGGUUUACCAUCCUGUUCAUGCUCCCCAAAUUACAGCGGUAGUCCACCAAAUUGUCGACCGGAAUGUACUGUUAAUACCGAUUGUUCAAGUGAUAAAGCAUGUAUAAAUGAAAAGUGUGUCGAUCCAUGCCCAGGCUUGUGCGGUAUCAAUGCGGAUUGUAGAGUUCAAAGUCACGUAUCGAUAUGUACUUGUUUGGAGGGCUAUGUUGGUGAUCCAUUCACGAGAUGUUCUUUAAAACGUGAAACUGAAUCAGUAGCUACAAAUCCUUGUAAUCCCUCUCCAUGCGGGCCGAAUGCUAUUUGUAAUAAUGGUGCAUGCACAUGUCUACCCGAAUAUCACGGUGAUCCUUACUUUGGUUGCCGGCCUGAAUGCACGAUCAGCUCUGAAUGUCCAAUGAAUAAAGCAUGCGUGCGACAACAUUGUGUGAAUCCUUGCGACAAUACCUGUGGUAUUAAUGCGCUAUGUGAAAUUAUUAAGCACAUGGCAAUUUGCACAUGCCCGCCAAAUUACUCAGGAAAUGCAUUUGUACAGUGCAGUCCAAUCAAAGACAUCGUUCCGCAAAAUCCUUGUCAGCCAAGUCCUUGCGGACCUUAUAGCCAGUGUAAAGAAUAUAAUAGCCAGGCCAUAUGCUCAUGUGCACCUAGUUAUCUUGGUGCGCCCCCAUCAUGUCGACCCGAAUGCGUUGCAAGCUCUGAUUGCCCUUUAAAUAGAGCGUGCAGUAAUCAAAAAUGCAUUAAUCCUUGUGAUGGUGCUUGUGGUGUUUCUGCAAUAUGUCAAGUGAUCAAUCACAAUCCAAUAUGUUCCUGUCCUACAGAGAUGACAGGAGACCCAUUCACAAGAUGCAUUUUUAUUCCGAUAUCUAAUGAACCUAUUGAAGUGGCAAAUCCAUGUCAACCGUCACCUUGCGGGCCAAAUUCGAUUUGUCAACCAUCCGCAUCAGAAAAUCCGUCAUGUGUGUGUAUGCCUGACUUUAUUGGCUCACCACCAAGCUGUCGUCCCGAAUGUGUAGCAAACAAUGAAUGUUCACAACAAUUAGCUUGUAUUAAAAAGAAAUGUCAAAAUCCUUGUAUUCAAGCUUGUGGAACGAAUGCGGAGUGUCGAGUUGUUAGUCAUACAGCAGCGUGCGUGUGCCCUGAAGGUUAUAGUGGCGAUGCCGCUAUUCAGUGCACUCCUAAUGCUUUGGUGCCCACUGAAGCCUUAUCACCGUGCACGCCCUCGCCUUGUGGGUCCAAUGCUGAAUGUAGGGAAAAUUUAGGAGCAGGUGCAUGUGUUUGCAUAACCGGCUAUUUUGGUGAUCCAUAUGAAGGCUGCAGACCAGAAUGUAUCGUCAACUCAGACUGCCCAAGCAACAGAGCCUGCUCAAGAAAUAAAUGCACUGACCCUUGUCCGGGUACAUGUGCAUUCAAUGCUGAAUGUCAAGUUGUUAAUCAUGCACCUUUAUGCACAUGUCGCCCUAUGUACACAGGAGAUCCAUUCAAAUACUGUACUCUCCAAGAACGCAAUGAAAUUCCAACAAAUCCUUGCCAACCAUCGCCUUGUGGACCUAAUAGCCAGUGUCGAACUGCAAAUGGUCAGAGUGUAUGUUCAUGUCUUUCUGAAUAUCAAGGUUCACCACCUAACUGUCGGCCAGAAUGCGUUGUGAGCACAGAAUGUUCUUCCGAUAAGACAUGUCUAAAUAAGAAAUGUGUAUCACCGUGUCCAGGACCAUGCGGUCUAAAUACAGAUUGCAGAGUUAUUAAUCAUAGUCCAAUUUGCACAUGUAAAGCUAAAUAUACCGGAGACCCAUUUUCCAGUUGUUACCAAAUAACAGUUCCAGUUUUUACUUUAGUGCCAAGGGAUCCUUGUAUUCCUUCGCCAUGUGGACCAAAUGCACAAUGCCAAAAUAGAAACGGAGUGCCAUCAUGUUCUUGUCAACCGAACUUUGAAGGCAGUCCCCCUAACUGUCGUCCAGAAUGUUCUAUUAAUGAAGAUUGUCCAAGCAAUUUAGCGUGUAUUAAUCAAAAAUGCAACGAUCCGUGUCCUGGUUCGUGCGGAAUUAAUGCUGAAUGUCAUACAAUGAAUCACGUUGCAGUAUGUACUUGUAUCGAAAAUUACAUAGGCAAUGCAUUUGUCCAAUGUAGCCCCAAGCCUAUAAAAGAUGAAGUUAACUUAUGUAACCCUUCACCUUGUGGAGCUAACGCAGAAUGCAACGAUGGUAAAUGCCGCUGUAUACCUGAAUUCCGUGGAGAUCCAUACAGUGGAUGUCGUCCUGAAUGUGUACAAAGUUCUGACUGUGAACGCAAUAGAGCCUGCAUCAAAAACAAGUGUGCGGAUCCAUGUCCAGGCACAUGUGCAUCUACUGCUAUAUGUAACGUAGUUAAUCAUAUUCCUAUGUGUAGCUGUCCUGAUCGAACUACGGGUAAUGCAUUUUUAGAAUGUCGAACAAUUGCGGAGCCAGUUAAUAUCAAUCCCUGCAAUCCCUCUCCGUGCGGUCCAAACAGUCAAUGCAGGGAAGUUAGUGGACAAGCGGUGUGCUCGUGCGCCCCUAACACUAUUGGAACACCGCCCGCUUGCCAUCCUGAAUGUAUAAUAAGUGCCGAGUGUCGUUUACAUGAAGCAUGCAGCAAUCAGCAUUGUGUUAAUCCAUGUGUUGGAGCAUGCGGUGUAAACGCAGAGUGCAAAGUUGUAAAUCACAAUCCUAUAUGUAGCUGCCCAACUUCUCAUACAGGAGACCCCUUCUCUAGAUGUUUCAUUAUGCCUGAAAAGCAACAAGACCCCUUGAACGUAUGCACACCUUCUCCGUGUGGUCCCAAUUCGUUAUGUAAAGAUACCAACGAUGUUCCUUCUUGCACUUGUUUAGAAGGCUAUCACGGUCAACCUCCGUAUUGCAAACCCGAGUGUACGAGUAACGAAGAAUGUUCAUCACACUUAUCCUGUAUUAACAUGAAAUGUGUCAAUCCAUGUGAAGGAGUAUGUGGUAUUAAUGCCGAAUGCAAAGUUGUCAGCCAUUCACCUAUCUGUUUGUGUGCUCAUGGAUACAUUGGAGAUCCCUUCUUUGGCUGUAAUCGCGAUAUUGUUUAUGUUGAAGAAAUCGCAACUCCAUGUUCACCCUCACCAUGUGGAUCCAAUGCAAUAUGCAAAGAAAGAAAUAAUGCGGGAUCAUGUUCUUGCAUAGAGGGUUAUAUCGGUAAUCCGUACGAAGGUUGUCGACCAGAAUGUCUGAUCAAUACAGAUUGUCAGUCUAAUAAAGCUUGCAUUAACAAUAAAUGUAAAGAUCCGUGUCCUGGUAGCUGCGGUACAAAUGCCAUAUGCCAAGUAGUCAAUCAUCUGCCAUUAUGUACAUGCUUAAUUGGCUAUACUGGAGAUCCAUUUAAAUACUGUGUUUAUGAAGAAUCAGUCCAAUUGAUGCCAUCGACUGAUGUAUGUUAUCCCUCACCAUGCGGACCGAAUAGUCAGUGUAAAGUGAAUAACGGUCAAGCCACCUGCUCAUGUUUAUUGGGAUAUGAAGGAACUCCACCGAACUGUCGACCAGAGUGUGUAGUAAGCUCAGAGUGUCCACACGAUAAGGCUUGUGUUAACAACAAAUGUAUUAAUCCAUGCCCAAAACCAUGUGGACUUAACACAAAUUGUAAAAUUAUAAACCAUAGUCCCAUUUGUUCGUGUAAGACAGCGUAUACAGGAGAUCCGUUCACUGUAUGCACCCAUGUUGUCUUCGAACCAACUCCAGAUGUAACAAAUCCAUGUGUGCCGUCUCCAUGUGGUCCGAACGCAGAAUGUCGAAACGUCGGGAACACACCGUCGUGUUCUUGUCUUAUCAGUUUUAUCGGAAGUCCACCAAACUGCCGGCCAGAAUGUAGCAUUCACUCUGACUGCGCUACUGACCGUGCAUGUAUUAACUCCAAGUGCAAAGAUCCUUGUCCUGGAUCUUGUGGUAUUUCAACUUCCUGCACAGUUCUAAAUCAUAUACCAAUUUGCACUUGCCUAGAAGGCUACAUUGGGGAUCCAUUUACGAGCUGCAGGCUGCAACCCUUACAAGUGGAACCGAUCGUUGUUGAUGCUUGCACAAAUGUAAGAUGCGGAUCGAAUGCUGAAUGCAUUAACGGUCAGUGCCAGUGUUUACCAGAGUAUCACGGUGACCCCUACUACAACUGUCGACCCGAAUGUGUAUUUAGUACUGAUUGUGAUGAUAAAAAAGCCUGCGUUCAACAAAAAUGCGUUGAUCCCUGCAUCGAUACUUGUGGCAUAAACGCUUAUUGUCAAGUUAUAAACCACAUACCUAUGUGCACAUGUAAUCAAGGAUUUAGUGGAAAUGCAUUCGUAAUUUGCAAUGCAGUAAAAGCUCCAGCAUUUGAACAUCCAUGUAGUUCAGAAAUAUGUGGACCAAAUAGUCAGUGUCGUGAAAUUAACAACCAAGCCGUAUGCUCUUGUUUACCUACUUACUUGGGAGUGCCACCAGCUUGUCGUCCAGAGUGUGUUGUGAGCGCGGAAUGUUCUCAAAACCAAGCAUGUAUGAAUCAAAAAUGUGUAAAUCCAUGUAUUGGAUCAUGUGGGCUAAAAGCGACGUGUGAAGUUAUUAACCACAACCCAAUUUGUGCGUGCCCGGAUGAUUUAUCAGGAGAUCCUUUUGUCGCAUGCUCGAUUAUUGCAAGUUCACCACCAGAAACGAUAAAUCCUUGUCAACCUUCACCAUGUGGACCCAAUUCUAUAUGCCAAGAGAACAACGGAAACCCAUCAUGCAGUUGUAUGACAGAAUUCAAAGGACAGCCUCCUUACUGUAGGCCAGAGUGUAUAAGCAAUAGUGAAUGCUCAACUCAUUUAGCUUGCCUCAAUCAAAGGUGUAAAGAUCCUUGCAUAAGCGCGUGUGGUACCAAUGCUGAAUGUAGGGUCGUUAGUCACUCUGCCAUGUGCGUGUGUCCUCAAGGAUAUGAAGGCGAUCCAUUUUCACAAUGUUCUAUAAGAAGAGCUGUUGAGAUUUUAAGCCCAUGCACUCCUUCACCUUGCGGAUCAAACGCGGUAUGUAAAGAACAAAAUAAAGUGGGAUCGUGCACAUGUAACGAAGGCUACUUCGGAAAUCCUUAUGAAAGCUGUCGUCCAGAAUGUGUAUCCGAUUCCGAUUGCCCAGGAAAUAAAGCCUGUAUUAACAACAAAUGUCAAGAUCCAUGUCCUGGAACGUGUGGAAUUAAUGCAGAGUGCUCGACUAUAAAUCAUUCACCAACAUGUGUAUGCAUAUCAGGUUAUACCGGAGAUUCAUAUCGAAAAUGUAGUCCUAUACCUUUGCAAAGUGAACCUGUGAACGUUUGCUAUCCCAGCCAAUGUGGCCCAAACAGUCAAUGCAAAGUCGUGAACGGCCUAGCAGUAUGUAGUUGUUUGCCUAACUUCUUUGGAGAACCACCAGCCUGCAAGCCGGAAUGUACUCUUAACCAAGAUUGUGCUUCAGAUAGAGCAUGUAUAAAUCAAAAGUGCGUUAAUCCCUGUCCUGGUCCAUGUGGACAAAAGGCAGAAUGCAGAGUUUUCCAUCAUAAUCCAAUAUGUAGCUGUUUACAAGGGCAUACAGGAGAUCCGUUUACCAGAUGCUAUGUUAAACCAGUGCCAUCGCCACAGCUGGAAGAACAUAGAGACCCAUGCGCACCAAGUCCCUGCGGCCUCAAUGCCAUUUGCCGUAACGUAGGAGGGCAAGCUGCUUGUUCAUGUUCCCCAGGUUACUUUGGUAGUCCGCCAAACUGUAAACCAGAAUGCACAACAAAUCAAGACUGUAUUAGUUCGCUUACAUGUACCAAUGAAAAAUGUAUUGAUCCUUGUCCUGGUUCGUGUGGUAGCAAUGCAAAAUGCUUUGUCCUAAACCACGUUGCAAUUUGUACUUGUCUUGAUGGCUAUAAAGGAGAUCCAUUUUCGUCUUGUGAAUUAAAACCUGUACAAGAUGUGACAAUUGAUCCCUGCAAUCCAUCCCCAUGUGGAUCCAAUACAGAAUGUAAUAAUGGAGAAUGUUCAUGUUUGACACAAUAUCACGGUGAUCCUUACAUCGGGUGCCGACCAGAAUGUACAGUCAGUACGGAUUGUGCAAGGAAUCAAAUAUGUACUAACAAAAAAUGUGUUAAUCCGUGUCCUGAUAUGUGUGGUCAUAAUGCUGUCUGUGAAGUCUUCAAUCAUGUACCAAUGUGCAGUUGUCCUGCUGGCUUUACUGGCAAUUCUUUUGUAUCUUGUAAUGUCGUUCAAGUACCGUUGGCUGCAAACCCGUGCAACCCACAUCCAUGCGGGCCCAACAGUCAAUGCCGUGAAGUAAAUAGUGUUGCAGUUUGUUCUUGCAUACCAGGAUACAUAGGAAAUCCACCGUCAUGUAGACAUGAAUGUACCACGAGCUCUGAAUGCCCAUUAGAUAAAGCUUGUAACAAUUAUAAAUGCAUUAAUCCAUGUAAGGGAGCCUGUGGUGUAAACGCUUUGUGUGAAAUUGUCAGUCACAAUCCUAUUUGUUCGUGCCCUGCGGACCAUACUGGAGAUCCAUUUAGUAGAUGUAUACCCCGACCGCUAGAAACACCACAACAAGUAAAUCCCUGUGUACCUUCGCCUUGUGGACCUAACUCUGUAUGUCAAACGAUCAAAGAUACGCCUUCUUGUUCUUGCAUGCCAGAGUUUAUUGGCACUCCACCAAAUUGUCGUCCUGAAUGCACCAGUAAUAGCGAAUGUUCAAAUAAUUUGGCUUGCAUAAAUAGCAAAUGUCAGGACCCAUGCGUUAAUGCUUGUGGUUCUUUGGCUCAGUGUCGAGUCGUGAGUCACACUCCUAAUUGUUUAUGUCCUCAAGGAUAUAUGGGUGACCCAUUCGUAGCUUGUCAAAUAAAGAGUGUUGCAGUCUAUGAAAACCCAUCACCAUGCACGCCAUCACCAUGUGGUAGCAACGCUAUCUGCAAGGAACGUAACAAUGUAGGAUCUUGUACGUGCAAUUUGGGAUAUUUUGGAAAUCCCUAUGAAGGAUGUCGGCCUGAAUGCACUGUCAAUACAGACUGUCCAUCUAAUAAAGUCUGUCAACGAAAUAAAUGCCAGGAUCCUUGUCCUGGUACUUGUGGUGUAAACGCACAAUGUCAAACGGUCAAUCAUGCUCCGAUAUGUACUUGCAUUCCGGGUUACACUGGAAAUCCUUUCCAAAAUUGUGCCCCGAUAAAACAAGAGAUACAAUUACAUACUACCCCAUGCAUACCAUCACCUUGUGGGCCAAAUAGUGUUUGCAAAACAUAUAAUGAACAAGCCAUUUGUACUUGCAUGCAAGAAUACAGAGGCAGCCCACCGAACUGCAGACCAGAGUGUGUAAUUAGCGCUGAGUGUUCUUCAGAUAAGGCAUGUGUUUCACAAAAAUGUAUCAACCCUUGUAUUGAUCAAUGCGGACAAAAUUCCAAAUGUUUGGUUAUAAAUCAUAGUCCUAUUUGUACAUGCAUGGAGCAUUACACAGGCGAUCCAUUCAGCCGCUGCUAUCCAAUAACAGUAUAUAUUCCAGAAGAGCAACAUAAUCCUUGCUUGCCAUCACCUUGUGGACCAUUUAGUGAAUGCAGAGAGAACAACGGUGUUCCUUCUUGCACUUGUCAACCAAACUACUUAGGCGCACCACCUAAUUGUCGACCAGAAUGUGUUAUCAACUCUGAGUGUCCCAGUAAUUUGGCUUGUAUAAAUCAAAAAUGUAAAGAUCCGUGCCCUGGAUUGUGUGGCAUAAAUGCUCAAUGCAUAAUCAAAAAUCACACACCAAUUUGUGCAUGCUACGAAAAUUAUAUAGGAGAUGCAUUUAUCGAAUGCAAACCGCAAGAAAUAGUAAAUGAUGUUACUGAUCCUUGUAACCCAUCACCAUGUGGAUCAAACGCGAUCUGUAAUGAUGGGAUAUGUUCUUGUCUGCCAGAAUAUAAUGGUGAUCCCUACUUCGAAUGUCGGCCCGAAUGUACUUUAAGCUCAGAUUGCGCGCAGAAUAAAGCUUGUUAUAAGAAUAAGUGUGUAAAUCCAUGCAAUAGUGGUGUAUGUGCCCCUAAUGCCAUUUGUGAAGUUAUAAAUCAUGUACCGAUGUGCAAAUGCUCGAUAGGAAUGAUUGGAAAUGCCUUUGUUAACUGCGUUAUACUAGAAGUUGAGCAACUACAACCGUGUCAACCAAACCCAUGCGGACCAAACAGUCAAUGCCGAGAUAUUAAUGGGCAAGCUGUAUGUUCAUGCUUAGUAGGCUAUAUGGGAAGUCCACCCUCCUGUAGGCCAGAAUGUAUCGUUAGUACUGAUUGCUUGCCAGAUGAGGCAUGUAGUAAUUUGAAAUGUAUCAAACCAUGCCAGGGGGCUUGCGGUAUUGGUGCAAAGUGUCAAGUAAUUAAUCACAAUCCAAUUUGUUCUUGUCCACCAUCACACACAGGAAAUCCCUUUACAAGAUGUAUUUUCCAAGAAACAAAACCAGAAGUGGUCAGUGCCUGUAUUCCAUCACCUUGUGGACCGAACUCUAUAUGCCAAGAACAUUCAGGCACACCCACUUGCUCAUGUCAAGCUGGUUAUGUUAGUGCACCCCCGCAUUGUAAGCCAGAAUGUAUUAGUAAUUCUGAAUGUCCUACUCAUCGUGCUUGUAUUAAUGAAAAAUGUAUUGAUCCCUGUGAAAGUUCAUGUGGUGCUAAUGCAGAAUGCCAUGUAAUAAGUCAUUUUCCUUCAUGUUAUUGUAUGCCAGACUACACAGGGAAUCCGUUUAUUGAAUGUCAUAAAAUAGAAAUUAUGCAAGAAGUGCUAUCACCAUGCCAGCCGUCUCCUUGUGGAGCCAAUGCUUUAUGCAAAGAAUUUAAUGGAGCGGGAUCAUGUACUUGUUUAGCGGAGUUUUUCGGAAAUCCUUACGAGGGUUGCAGACCUGAGUGUCAAAUUAAUUCCGACUGCCCAUCGAACAAAGCAUGUCUAAGAAAUAAAUGUCAAGAUCCAUGCCCAGGUGCAUGCGCGCCGAAUGCUGUGUGCCAAGUAGUAUAUCAUGCGCCUAUAUGUUCGUGUACUGUAGGCUUCACAGGAGAUCCAUUCCGAUACUGUACACCAAAACAAACUUUGGAGACACCUAUGAAUAUCUGCCAGCCAUCUCCUUGCGGACCUAACAGCCGGUGUCAAGAAGUAAACAAGCAAGCUGUUUGUUCAUGCUUAACAAAUUACAUAGGCAUACCUCCAAAUUGCCAUCCUGAGUGUGUCAUAAGUACAGAAUGUGCAAGUGACAAAGCUUGUCUUAACGAAAGGUGUGUCGAUCCGUGUAUUGAUGCCUGUGGUGUAAAUUCCGAAUGCAGAGUUAUAAACCAUAGCCCUAUCUGCAAUUGUAAAAAUCUUUACACCGGGGAUCCGUUUACAAGAUGUAAUCCUCUACCACCACCAGUAGCAAAUGCAGUUUUGGAACCGUACAAAAAUCCUUGUAUACCAUCGCCAUGUGGACCUAACUCUAUUUGUCAGGAAAUUGGACAAAUACCAUCCUGCACAUGUAUGCCUACUUUUGUGGGAAGCCCACCAAACUGUAGGCCGGAAUGUAUAAUCAAUUCAGAAUGUUUACCAUCACGAGCCUGUAUCCAACAGAAAUGUCAGGAUCCUUGUGAAGGUGCUUGCGGAAUAGGAGCAUUAUGCGCAGUAUCCAGGCAUACUCCUAUGUGCACUUGCCCUGAAGGUUACACCGGAGAUGCAUUUUCAUUUUGCAAACCCAAACCUCAACCAGAAUUCGACACUACCGACAAGUGUAAUCCGUCACCCUGCGGUACGAAUGCCAUCUGUAAUGACGGAUUGUGCUCAUGCAUAGAAGAACAUCAAGGAGAUCCAUACAUUGAAUGUAGACCGGAAUGCGUUCUUAGCACUGAUUGUCCUAAAGAUAAAGCAUGCAUAAAAAAUAAAUGUUCGGAUCCAUGUCCUAAUGCGUGUUCUGCAUCUGCGGUCUGUAGCGUUAUAAACCAUAUUCCCAUGUGCAGUUGUCCUCAAGGAAUGACCGGAAAUGCUUUCUAUGGCUGCGAAACUAUAAGAGUUCCAAUUAUAAGCAACCCAUGUGUUCCGUCUCCCUGUGGACCGAACAGCCAGUGUCGAGAAAUCAAUGGACAAGCUGUGUGCACGUGUACUCCAGGUUACAUUGGAAGUCCACCUCUAUGCCGACCUGAAUGUGUAGUCAGCUCAGACUGUCUCCAAAACAAAGCGUGUAGUAACCAAAAAUGUAUAGACCCAUGUAAAGGGUCAUGUGGAGUAGAUGCAAAAUGCGUAGUUGUAAAGCAUAAUCCAAUAUGCACUUGUCCACCCAAAUAUACUGGAGAUCCAUUUACUAGAUGUUUACCAUUCAGUCCUGUAGAAAUGGAUACUACGCCUUGUACGCCAUCGCCAUGUGGUGCUAAUGCGCUAUGUAGAGAAGUAGCUAGUGCACCUUCAUGUGCUUGUAUGCCUAAUUACUUCGGUUCGCCCCCAUAUUGUAGGCCCGAGUGUUCAAGUAAUAGCGAGUGCCCAAUGAGUCAAGCUUGUAUACAUCAAAAAUGUAGAGACCCAUGUAACAACGCCUGUGGUCAAAAUGCCAAUUGUAAAGUGGUCAGUCAUUCUCCGAUAUGUUUCUGUAAUGUUGGAUACGAAGGUGAUCCAUUUUCAAGUUGUCAAGUUCCCGUACAAAUAAUCUCGGAAAAUAUAUCACCAUGCACUCCAUCCCCUUGUGGAGCUAAUGCUGUAUGUAAAGAACAAAACUCAGUAGGUUCUUGUAGUUGCUUGCCAGAUUAUACCGGAGAUCCGUAUGAAGGAUGCCGUCCUGAAUGUACAGUGAAUACAGAUUGUACACCUGACAAGAGCUGUAUUCGAAACAAGUGUCAAGAUCCUUGUCCUGGUACAUGCGGUUCGAUGGCUACGUGUGCCACUGUUAAUCAUUUACCGGUCUGCACUUGUUCUCCUGGUUUUACAGGAGAUCCAUACCGAAAAUGUGACCUGCUAAAAGAACUACAUCAAGAGCCUGCCACUCCCUGCAUACCAAAUCCUUGUGGUCCAAACAGUGUAUGUCAUCCGGUUAAUGGACAAAGCGCAUGUUCGUGUAUGUCUAAUUAUAUCGGAUCCCCACCCGGCUGCCGACCUGAGUGCACAGUUAGCUCAGAAUGUCCAAUCAACAAAGCCUGCAUUAAUCUUAAGUGUGACGAUCCUUGCCCUGGUCACUGUGGAACCAAUACUGACUGUAAAGUUUUUACUCACAGUCCUAUUUGUUCCUGUAAGUCAGGUUUCACUGGCGAUCCUUUUACGAGAUGCGUUAAACAACCGCCAGUUCAGUUUAUUCCUGAUACACAAAGGAAUCCUUGUACUCCCAAUCCUUGCGGUGAAAACUCAAUAUGUAGAGACAUUAAUGGAGGACCAUCUUGCUCUUGUAUGCCUGAUUUCCAAGGGCUCCCACCGAAUUGUAGACCGGAAUGUGCUAUUAAUCAAGAUUGUCCAUCGAAUUUGGCAUGUAUUAAUAUGAAAUGUCGUGACCCAUGUCCGGGUAGCUGCGGACAAAGCGCAAUAUGCACAGUAUUUAAUCACUAUCCAGCUUGCACUUGCACACCGGGCUUUACUGGUGAUCCUUUCACAAACUGUUAUGUUACUCCUAUACAAGAUGUGCCGUUACAAGAUCCCUGUAAUCCAUCACCCUGUGGAUUCAAUUCUGAAUGCAAUAAUGGGGUAUGCACAUGUAUUAACGAAUACUACGGUGAUCCUUAUGUAGGAUGCAAACCAGAAUGCAUAAUAAAUAUGGACUGCUCGACGGACAAAGUAUGCUCAAGAAAUAAAUGUGUAAAUCCUUGUCCAGGAGCAUGUGCUCCAACCGCUGAAUGUAAUGUUUACAACCACAUUCCUAUUUGCACAUGUCCUCAAGAUAUGACCGGGAAUGCUUUUAGAGAAUGUUACAAAGUUGAAAUUGUGCAAGUUCUACCAUGUAACCCUAGUCCUUGCGGACCGAAUAGUCAGUGUCGAACUACCAAUAGCCAAGCAGUGUGCAGUUGUUUGCCUACAUUUAUUGGCUCUCCGCCAUCGUGUCGACCAGAAUGCAGUAUUAGCGCUGAAUGCCCACUAGACCAAGCUUGCAAUAACCAGAAAUGUAUAAAUCCUUGUAAAGGCAGCUGUGGAUAUAAUGCAAGAUGUGAAGUAGUCAACCAUAACCCUAUUUGUUCGUGUCCUGCUCAGUUUACUGGAGAUCCAUUUACAAACUGCAACCAAAUUGUUGCAGUCCCGCUGGUACCUGUUGAUCCUUGUACGCCAUCACCGUGUGGCCCGUAUUCAAUAUGCAGGGUGAUCGGCGAAUCGCCAUCAUGCUCGUGCCAGACGGAUUAUGUGGGUUCCCCGCCUAAUUGUCACCCUGAAUGUAUUAGUAAUUCUGAGUGCCCCAGCAACCAGGCCUGCAUCAACAAGAAAUGUAAAGAUCCUUGCCCCGGAAGUUGUGGAUACAAUGCCGAUUGUAAAAUUGUUAGCCAUGCCUUAGUAUGUUCGUGUCCUUAUGGUCAAACUGGGGAUCCACUUGUUUCCUGCAGUCCCAUCAAAGAUUCUGUCAUAGAAUACAAUUCACCAUGUGAACCAUCACCUUGUGGUCUAAAUGCAGAGUGCACAGCAAGAAAUUUUGCUGGCUCUUGUAAGUGCCUUGAAAAUUUCAUCGGUGAUCCAUAUGAAGGUUGUCGCCCGGAGUGUGUCAUUAAUACUGACUGCAGCCCAACACAAGCUUGCAUACAAAACAGAUGUAAAGAUCCUUGUCCGGGUAUUUGUGCACCGAAUGCAAUAUGCCAAGUCGUUAAUCAUCUACCAUCAUGCCACUGUCCACCUGGACUUACCGGAGACUCCUAUUCAUACUGUAUAGAUAAAGUAGAAGAUAUCGUUAAAGUAACACCCUGUACACCUUCACCUUGUGGGCCUAAUAGUCAAUGUCGCGAAGUUAACUCUCAAGCAGUAUGCAGUUGCAGCAACACUUACAUGGGCACACCACCAAAUUGUCGCCCUGAAUGCACAAUCAAUAGUGAAUGUUCAACUGAUAGGGCGUGUGUCAACCGAAAAUGUGUAGACCCUUGCAUAGGCCAAUGUGGUAGAAACGCUAAUUGCAGAGUAAUCGGACAUAAUCCAAUGUGUUCUUGUCAAGAACUCUACACGGGAGAUCCAUUUUCCUACUGUAUGCCUCAAUCAGUUGCUAUAUCUCCGCCGCCACAAGUAAAUCCGUGCAUACCUUCACCCUGUGGAGCAAAUUCAUUGUGUGAAGAACAAGGUGGUAUUCCUCGAUGCAGUUGUCUUCCAAACUACAUGGGUAUACCACCUCGCUGCAGGCCUGAAUGCACCAUCAAUUCGGAAUGCAGCGCCGUCAAAGCCUGUAUAAACAGUCGGUGCGCGGAUCCUUGUCCAGGCGCAUGUGGAAGCAACGCUCAAUGUAUAGUCAACAACCAUCUACCUAUCUGUUCCUGUCUUCCAAGUUACAACGGUGAUCCAUUCACACUUUGCAAUCCAAUUAUUAAAGAUGUCGAACUAAUUGACCCGUGUUCACCAUCUCCUUGUGGAACUAACUCCAUAUGCAAUGAUGGUGUUUGCUCUUGCUUGCCGGAAUAUUAUGGAGACCCUCACUUUGGAUGUAAACCAGAAUGUGUAUUAAAUUCCGAUUGUCAACGUAACAAAGCUUGCAUAAGAAACAAAUGUAGUGAUCCUUGCGUUGGAACAUGUGGAAGUGAUGCGACCUGCGAUGUUAUUAACCACAUACCCGUGUGCUCUUGUCCAAUCGGAACUUCAGGAGAUCCUUUCCACUACUGUACCCAAUUAAUUGAAGUUGUUAACAGAAAUCUAUGUGAUCCGUCACCAUGUGGACCAUUUAGCCAGUGCAGAGAGGUAAAUGGGCAUGCCGUAUGCGUUUGUAUGCAAGGAUAUGUUGGUAGUCCACCAAACUGUCGCCCGGAAUGUACUGUAAGCUCCGAUUGUAGCUUGAAUCAAGCUUGUUCAAAUCAAAAAUGUUUAGAUCCAUGUCCUGGUGCUUGUGGUAGAAACACACAUUGCAUUGUUGUUAAUCAUAACCCAGUAUGCACAUGCCUGUCUGGGUUUUCUGGAGAUCCAUUUUCAGUCUGUCAACUCAUUGUUGCCCAACCAACAGUCAAAGUAAAUCCUUGUUUACCUUCGCCUUGUGGACCUAGCUCAAUAUGUACAGAAAAUGGAGAUAGUGCAGAUUGUAAAUGCUUGCCACAAUUUAUAGGGGUACCACCCAACUGUCGCCCUGAAUGUACUAGUAACAGCGAAUGCCAAACUAAUAUGGCUUGCAUAAAUAGAAAAUGCCAAGAUCCUUGUCCAGGUUCUUGUGGAUUAAAUGCUCAAUGCAGAGUCGUGAGUCACACUCCGAUAUGUUUAUGCCAAAGCGACUACACUGGUGAUCCUUUCGUAUACUGCAAUAUUAUCACUGCCCAAAUAACACAAGAAAGACCGACACCGUGCAUACCGUCUCCUUGUGGUGCUAACGCUGAAUGCAGAGAACAAAAUGACAUAGGAUCUUGUACGUGUCUUCCAGGCUAUUUCGGUGAUCCCUAUGUAUCAUGCAAGCCGGAAUGUGUAUUAAAUUCAGAUUGUGCGUCUAACAAAGCUUGUCACCUUAAUAAAUGUCGGGAUCCUUGUCCAGGCACUUGUGGUAUAAAUGCGUUCUGCAAUGUUGUCAAUCACGUGACCAGCUGUAGCUGUCCUGAACAACACUAUGGUGACCCGUAUAAAAUUUGUACUUUUAAACCUCAAGUGGAAAAUGUUGAUCCUUGCAAUCCUUCUCCAUGUGGACCGAAUGCUCGAUGUAAUGUUCAAAAUGAUUUAGCUAUCUGUACAUGUUUGAGUGGAUACCAAGGAUCACCGCCUGACUGCCGGCCGGAAUGUGUCACAAGUGCUGAAUGUUCUCUAGAUAAACUGUGCGAAGAUUUUAAAUGCAUAAACCCGUGCCCUAGAGGUUGUGGCGUUAACACAAACUGCCGAGUAAUCAAACAUAAUCCGAUUUGCUCCUGUAAGGAAGGAUAUACCGGGGAUCCAUUUUCAGUUUGCUACAUCAUCGAAACUAAACCAUCUAAAGUUGAGCCAUCAAAUCCUUGCUUACCGUCGCCCUGUGGGCCAAACGCUGAAUGCCGAAACAUAGGUGGAAUUCCUUCAUGUGCUUGCGUUAUUGGAUUCUUUGGAAGUGCACCUAACUGUAAGCCCGAAUGUGUACUCAACACUGACUGCAGCAACAAUAAAGCAUGUAUAAACAUGAAGUGUCAAAAUCCAUGCCUAGGAUCUUGCGGAUUGUCUGCCGUUUGCGAUGUCGUUAACCAUGUACCUAUGUGCUCUUGCCCCGCUGGAUAUGAAGGAGAUCCAUUUGUUUCAUGUUCUAUAAAGAAAGCAGAAAUCCUUCAAGAAAUAAAUCCGUGCAAUCCCUCGCCAUGUGGUCCUAACGCCAUUUGUAGCAACAAUGGGGAAUGCAAAUGCCUUCCAGAAUAUCAUGGAGAUCCAUACUUUAGUUGUCGUCCUGAGUGUGUGCUUAGCACAGACUGUUCACUAUCCCAGACGUGUGUGCGAAACAAAUGUAUCGAUCCAUGUAUUGAUAUGUGUGGAAGAAAUGCUGAAUGUAAUGUUUAUAACCAUGUCGCUGUAUGCAGCUGUCCUAGUGGGAUGACUGGAAAUUCUUUUACUGAAUGCAUACAAAUUCAAAAUACCAUCAUAAGACCUUGUGACCCUUCACCUUGUGGACCAAACAGUAUGUGCAGAGAUUUAAAUGGCCAAGCGAUUUGUACAUGCGUACAAGGAUUCAUUGGAAAUCCACCCAGUUGCAGACCCGAAUGCAUUCAAAGUGCCGACUGUCCGGCAUUCUUAGCAUGCAUUAACCGAAAAUGUCAAGAUCCUUGUCCAGGUUCAUGUGCAGCUAAUGCUGUGUGUAACGUACGAAACCACAAUCCAAUUUGUUCCUGCCCACAGAGGUACACCGGAUCUCCGUUCACACAUUGCUAUGUCCAGAUUAUAGAAGAACUACCUAGUAACCCAUGCGCAUCAUCACCUUGCGGACCCAAUAGCAUUUGUCAAUCAGCUCCUAAUACUGAUUCUUACACUUGCUCUUGCCAACCCACGUUUGAUGGAAAUCCGCCUAACUGCAAAAGAGAAUGUACCGUCAAUGAAGAGUGCCCAUCUAGUAAAACAUGCAUAAAUUAUAAAUGCAAAGAUCCAUGUCCAGAUUCCUGUGGAUUUAAUACAUUAUGUACAGUUCGGCAUCAUAUUGUUAUGUGUUCAUGCAAAGAGGACUACACGGGAGAUCCAUUUGCGUCAUGCCAACAAGUUACUCAGGUGAUCAAACCGCAAGAUCCCUGUGAUGCCGCACCCUGUGGCACAAACGCCCGUUGUAAAGUUUUAGUUAAUGGCGCCGCUACUUGCAUUUGCGAGUUUGGAUAUUUUGGUAACCCAUACGAAUUCUGCAGACCUGAAUGUGUUGUAAAUACUGACUGCCCAUUUAACAAAGCUUGUAUAAGAAACAAAUGUGAAGAUCCGUGCCCAGGAGUCUGCGGUACAACUGCCAUUUGUGACGUCAUCAAUCAUUUGCCAAUUUGUAAAUGUUCUCCGGGAUACACGGGCAACCCAUAUUCAUACUGCCAUAAUAUUAUUUAUGAACCAACUCCCGCACCACAAAGACCUUGUGUUCCAAAUCCAUGUGGAAGUAAUAGCAUUUGCAGAGAUAAUAGCGGUAUUGCUUCUUGUUCUUGUUUACCUGAGUACAUCGGAUUCCCACCAAAUUGUCGUCCAGAAUGUACCGUAAAUUCAGAAUGCGAGAAGUCAAAGAGUUGUGUAAACCAAAAAUGUGUUGACCCAUGUAUCGGAGUAUGUGGACAAAAUGCAAACUGCAAAGUAAUUAACCACUCACCUAUUUGCUCGUGUCGGGAACGCUACGAAGGUGAUCCGUUUACAAGAUGCAUUUUAAUAGAGGAUGUACCUUCUAGUGAUAUUAACCCAUGUACACCAUCGCCUUGUGGGCCUAACUCAAUUUGCCAGGCUAUAAACAAGAUACCGAUGUGCACAUGUUUGGAUAACUUUAUUGGACAUCCACCAAACUGUAAACCAGAAUGCACUGUAAACUCAGAUUGCCCUUAUAGUACAGCCUGUAUUAAUCGCAAAUGUCAAGAUCCUUGCGUCGGUUCAUGUGGUCUACAAACUAUUUGCCAAGUGCAUCAACAUUCUGCUGUUUGCAGCUGUAUUGAAGGGUAUACAGGAAAUCCAUUUGAAAGUUGCUACACCAUUGAAGUAAUAGAACAUGUACCUACUGUAUACGACAGAUGUAAUCCGAGCCCUUGUGGAGCAAAUACUGAUUGUAAUGAAGGAGUUUGUACUUGUAAAACAAACUUUUUCGGAAAUCCUUACUUAAGUUGUAGACCUGAAUGCACCCACAACUCUGACUGUUCAACAAAUCAAGCAUGUAUCAAUAAUAAAUGUGUUAAUCCUUGCUUAAACCUAUGUGGUCAAAAUGCGACAUGCGACGUAUACAAUCACAUACCUAUGUGUAGCUGUCCGCGAAACACUAUAGGAAAUGCCUUCUUUGCGUGCACACCUCUCGAAGUAGAGCAGGAGAAGCAAAAUCCAUGUGUUCCUUCUCCGUGCGGCCCUAACAGUCAAUGUCGCACAAUUCAGAAUCAAGCUAUGUGUUCUUGUCUUUUGGGUUAUAAUGGAGUACCGCCGUCUUGUCGGCCUGAAUGUUUAGUUGAUUCAGAGUGCACUAGUCUCAUGUCAUGUUCUAAUCAGAAGUGCAUAAAUCCAUGUGAAGGUUCGUGCGGACUUAACGCAGAAUGCAAAGUUCACAACCACAAGCCUAUAUGCUAUUGCCGAAGUGGAUUAACUGGAGACCCAUUUACACGGUGUUUAAGUAUUCCAUAUGAAAUUCCUGCAACUAAGUUACCUUGCACACCUUCGCCAUGUGGACCGAAUUCUUUAUGUCGUGAAGUUGGUGAAACGCCAUCUUGUACAUGCUUGACUGGCUUUAUUGGAAGUCCACCAUACUGUCGUCCUGAAUGUAUUACAAAUAGUGAAUGUACUUUCGAAAAAUCAUGUAUAAACAAUAAGUGUGCCGAUCCGUGUAUUGGUGCCUGUGGUCGCAAUGCAGAAUGUCGAGUGAUCAGUCAUUCACCAUUGUGUUCCUGUAGUUCUGGCUACGAAGGGGAUGCUUUUGAUGAAUGUCACCUUAUUAAAGUGUCGAUUCAAAUACCAACAGCGCAAGUCAAGCCAUGUUCACCAAAUCCAUGUGGACCUAACGCUAUAUGUCAAGAACGAAAUGAAGCCGCAAGUUGUAUGUGCGUAAGCGGAUUUUUUGGAAACCCUUACGAAGGGUGCCGGCCUGAGUGUUUGCUGAACUCUGACUGUCCGCAACAUUUAACCUGUAUAAACAAUAAAUGCAAAGACCCUUGUAUAGGAUAUUGUGGUAUAAAUUCUGAAUGUCAAACAGUGAAUCACGUAGCUAAAUGCUAUUGCAUUAAUGGAUACGUGGGUAAUCCAUAUGAUCGCUGCGCUAUAAAAGAAGAAAACCCAAGAGAUCAAUGUAAUCCAUCACCAUGUGGACCAAACAGUAUAUGCAGAAACGUCAAUGAGCAAGCUAUAUGUACUUGCCUACCGGGAUUUAUAGGCAACCCACCUAACUGUAAACCAGAAUGUGUAACAAGUUCGGAUUGCCCACUUACAGAGGCCUGCAUUAAGCAAAAAUGCAUAGAUCCUUGCAUUGGAACAUGCGGAGAAAAUGCUCAAUGCCGUGUGCACCGCCAUAGUCCGUACUGCACUUGCCUUAAUGGUUUUGAAGGAGAUCCAUUUAUAAAAUGUACAAAAGUACCGAUAUUUACGACACCGGUUUCUAGUUCUUGUGAACCAAACCCUUGUGGUCCGUUUGCUACUUGUAGAGACGUAGAUGGAUCGGCGUCUUGCAGUUGCAAACCGGGUUACCUUGGAGUACCCCCACGAUGCUCCCCGGAAUGUACAAUUAAUGAAGAUUGUUCAAAAGAUAAGGCUUGUGUACGCGAAAAAUGCGUCGAUCCUUGCAUAGGGUCCUGUGGCGAUAAUGCAGAAUGUCGUGCAAUGAACCACCUUGCUAUUUGUACUUGUUCGAUAGGCUACAGAGGAGACCCAUUCGUUAGGUGCUACGAAAUAGUUAAAGAUAUAACAACUGUGCCGCUGGAUGCUUGCGCAACAUCGUCUUGUGGUAUUAAUGCCAUAUGUGAUAAUGGUACUUGUUCGUGUAUUCUAGGAUAUCAUGGCAAUGCUUACAUCGAAUGUCGACCAGAGUGUACAACUGACAAUGAAUGUCAAAAACAAUUGGCUUGUGUUAAUUAUAAAUGUAUUGAUCCUUGUAAAAAUGCAUGCGGUUUAGAUGCAAUAUGCAAUGUGUAUAAUCACUUAGCAAUAUGUGAAUGUCCAGCACCACUACAAGGGGAUCCGUUUAUAGCUUGCCGGCGUAUCAUAGCACCGACUGUGACCGAUCCUUGUUCACCAAAUCCAUGUGGGCCGAACAGCAUUUGCCGAGCCGCUGGUACUGUAGCCCAUUGUUCUUGCCGAUCAGCCAUGUACGAAGAACCACCGAGCUGCCGCCCUGAAUGUCGUGUUGAUUCAGACUGUCCGCCAACUCUGGCCUGCCGUAAUAAUAAGUGUAGAGAUCCUUGCCCGGGUUCAUGCGGAACGCAUGCAAUAUGUCGAAUUAAAUCACAUUCUGCAAUUUGUACUUGUCCAAGUGAUUACACUGGUGAUCCAUUCAUACGUUGUUUACCAGUCUUUGGAAUUGAAGCGGAUACAAAAUCGCCGUGUCCAGAUUGUGGUCCAAAUGCAGACUGUAUUGAUAGAAUCUGCCGGUGCCGUGCAGACAAUAUAGGCACUCCUCCAUUCUGCCGCCCUGAAUGCCUGAAGUCUAGUGACUGUGACUGGAAGUUCAUGUGUUUAAACAGGCAUUGCACUGACCCUUGUCCUGGAGCUUGUGGGCAGGGUGCUGUGUGUACAUCCUUGGCUCAUGAACCACGCUGCAGCUGUCCCCACACUACUACCGGCAACCCUCUUAUAGAAUGUCGACCCAUCGAAAAUAUUUUAAGACCGCCUAAUGACCCAUGUAAUCCAUCACCAUGUGGUCCUGGCGCAAUUUGUCGUACCAGAGGUACUGGUGCGUCUUGUGAAUGUGAGCCAAGCUUACGCGGCGAUCCAUACACUGGAUGUCGCCCAGAAUGUGUCGCUGAUUCAGACUGCUCUCCAAACCGCGCGUGUAUAAGAUCACACUGUCGUGAUCCAUGUCAAGGAACUUGUGGUGUUGGAGCAGAAUGUGAAACUGUAAACCACAUUCCUCUAUGUUCAUGCCCAUCUGGAACGCGAGGAAAUGCAUUCGAACGAUGCGAUACUGUACCAUCAGCGCCUCCUUGUACACCAUCACCUUGCGGACCGGGUGCUCUAUGCUCAGUAGCAGGCAGUAAUGCAGUUUGUUCUUGCCCAAGCGGUACUAGUGGUGAUGCAGCCUCUACUGGAUGUCGGCCUGAAUGUGUUGUAAGCUCGGAAUGUUCGCGUGAUCGGGCUUGUGUACGAAACAAAUGUGUCGACCCAUGUAUUGGCACAUGUGGUAAUGAAGCAAUGUGUAGAGUGUUUGAUCAUGCACCGAUAUGCUCGUGCCCACCUUCUAUGAUUGGCGAUCCAUUCCAGAACUGUCGAGUUAGAGAUACACCUCCUACGAGUCCGACUGUAUUUAAUCCCUGUGACCCUAACCCCUGUGGACCUCAUGGUACAUGUCGUGACGGAUUUUGUACUUAUCCAGAGUGCGUUGUUAAUGAUGAUUGCCCUGGAGAUCGAUCAUGUAUUAAUAGAAAAUGCUCAGAUCCAUGUAUCAAUGCUUGUGGUAUAAACGCAAUUUGCACAGGUGUCAGACAUUCCGCUGUCUGUUCUUGCCCAGAGGGCUACACUGGAUAUUCAUUUGUACGUUGUGAACGUAUAACCACUGUUACCACAAUGCCACCACAACCAGAAUGUUUGCGUGAUGAACAAUGUGCUGACAACGCAGCUUGUAUUGAUACGAGAUGUACAGCAGCAUGCGGACCUACAAAUUGCGGCAUAAAUGCUCGAUGCAUAGCAAAACAACAUAGAGCUCGUUGCACUUGUUUGCCCGGUUACGAAGGUGACGCAUACACAGGAUGUUAUUCAGUUCAAUGCCACAGCAAUAAUGAUUGCCCUGAUGACGAGAGUUGUGAAGGCGGCUCUUGUAUCAAAGUGUGUUUACGUGUACGAUGUGGUCCUGAAGCUCAUUGCUAUGCACGCGGUCAUGUAGGGUCUUGUGAGUGUGACUCUGGAACUCGAGGAGACCCAUGGACUGGCUGCCGAAGAGAUGAAUGUACAGUCGAUGAAGAUUGCCCUACGUGGUUAGCAUGCAGAGGGAAAAAAUGUCAAACCCCAUGCUUCGGUGCUUGUGCGCCUGAAGCACUUUGUAAUGUCGUCCGUCAUGCCCCAGUAUGUGAAUGCCCACGAGCCACAAAAGGAGACCCUAAAAUUGAAUGUAAACUAGUGCAAGACAAGAGCGAGUGCUCUAACGAUGCGGAGUGCGGUCCAGGCUUAGCUUGCUUACAAGGAAUCUGCAAAAACCCCUGUGAUUCAUCGUCUUGUGGAACUCGAGCUGUUUGCCGGGUCGCAAACACACUGCCUUUCCGUACACUAGUAUGCGAGUGCCCUCCGCUUUUGACCGGAGAUGCCUCUGUGCAGUGCAGUCCCAGAGGACAAUGUGAACAAAACUCACAAUGUAAUGACGAAGAGCAAUGUAUCAACGGACGAUGCAAGAACGUAUGCGCGUCAGGCGCUUGCGGAGUUGGUGCUGAGUGUCAUGCAAGCGCUCACAGGGCCUCAUGCACUUGUGUACCACCGUUACAAGGAGAUCCUAAUGUGGCUUGUACACAAAGUGUAUCUGGACCGAUGUGCUUGUCUGACGAGGAAUGUGGCACAGCAGAGGCUUGCAUAGGUCGUCGCUGCGUUUCGGCGUGCGCUGGGGCCUGCGGCGCGGGCGCACUGUGCGAAGCGAACGCGCACCGCGCACGCUGCCGCUGCCCACCCGGCACGGCUGGCGAUCCUUCCCGUGCCUGCUACACUCCCGAGUGCACCUCAAAUGAUAACUGUCCCUUCGAUAAGGCCUGCAUCAACGGAUAUUGCCGCGACCCCUGCGCUCAGGGAGGACCAUGCGGCCGGGACGCUCUCUGUGAAGUGGUCGCCCAUGUAGCUAAUUGUCGCUGUCCAACGGGCACACAGGGAGACGCACAUCGCGCUUGUGUUUCCGGGGUGUGUCACUACAACGAAGAUUGCGAUGACACUCAAAUAUGCAACCGUCUGAAUAGAUUCUGCCAACCUGUAUGUUCCGAAAAUAGUUGUGCACCGGGUGCAAUUUGCACUGCGAGCCUUCAUCGACCGAUAUGCACGUGCCCACCAGGUUACAAUGGAGAUCCAUAUACGCGAGGUUGCACCACGAUACAAUUAACAGACGAAUGUUCCAGCGAUGCUGAUUGCGCUCGUCCACUGGGCUGUGUUAACGCACGGUGUAUCGAUUUAUGUCUGGGUAAUCCAUGCGAUGCUGGACUUAUUUGCAAAACAGUUGAUAUAUUGCCGCUUCGCGCGGUCGCUUGCGUGUGCCCUGACGAAGGACGCGCAGCACCGGACAGCGGAUGUCGAUCACCACCAGAAGCUGAAUGCUCUGCUGAUCUAGAUUGCGCGACUAGCCAGACUUGUCGCCGUGGAAAGUGCAUUGACGCCUGUAAAGCUGCACCGUGCGGACACAAUGCUCUCUGUGAAUCAGUCGAUCAUGUUUCACGUUGCAGUUGUCCACCUGGAUAUUUCGGAAAUCCAAGAAUUGAAUGCAAUACAGAAUCGAGACAGCCUUCUAUACUGGAAUGUUACAAAGACGAAGAUUGCGGACCGGAACAAGCUUGUAAUGAGCGUACCUGUGUAAAUCCAUGUGUUGAUUCUUGUGGUCCUGGGGCUCUAUGUCGCGUUCUAAAACAUAAACCAUAUUGCUCUUGUCCAAUAGGGCACACUGGCAAUGCAAACAUACGAUGCACGCCCCCAUCACAAGACAUGAUACCAGUUGGUUGCAAGGCUAACUCUGACUGUCCAUUAUCACAGGCAUGCAUUAAUGGUGCAUGUGGUAAUCCAUGUAUUUGUGGCACCAAUGCUGAAUGCACUGUAGUGAGACACCAUCCAGUUUGCUAUUGCGAACGAAGUCACUCAGGAAAUCCAUACAUCGGAUGUAUUAAAGUCGAUUGCACAUCCGACUCAGAAUGUCCUAAUAGCGACAUGUGUUACAACGGAGCAUGUGUAAACCCUUGUGUAGUUGAAGCUCCUUGUGCUGUGAGUGCCGAGUGCUUCGGUGAACAUCAUAGGCCUCAAUGUCGCUGUCCCAUAGGCACUAAUGGAAAUCCAUACAAUAAAUGUCAAGCAUCAGAGUGCGAAGUGGAUAAUGACUGCAAUGAUGAUAGUGCCUGCAUAAAGGGAGUUUGCAUUAAUGUCUGUUCAUCAGAAGGACGUAAUCCCUGCGCCUAUAACGCAAAUUGUUUUGCCCGUAACCAUAUCGCAUCCUGCAAAUGUCCAGCUACCCUUCCAUUAGGAGAUCCUUUGACUCAUUGCGAAAAGUUGCUAGUAAUUGGAGAGCCUGAAUGUAAAAUGGACGGCGAUUGUCCAAGUGGUCACGCUUGCCUUAGAGACGAAUGCCGUAAUGCGUGUGAAGAACUUAAGCCAUGUGGUACCAACGCCCGUUGCUCAGUUUCUGAUAGUAUUCCAUUCCGCACCUUGUUAUGCCGUUGCCCUGAAGGUUACAUACCGGAUGAAAAAGGCGCAUGUAAGCUAGCUCAAUUACCGCCGCUUAGUUGUUCAUCAGAUCAAGAUUGUAGUGAACAAGAAUCAUGUAUUAACAGAAUCUGUAGGAACCCAUGCAAUUGUGGUGAUAACGCAGAAUGUUUUAUUCGUAACCAUAGACCUGUUUGCGCUUGCCGGGACGGUUUUGAUGGUAAUCCAUACAGAGACUGUCGUAUCGUUGGAUGCCGUUCCAAUUCUGAAUGCGAAUCACACGAGGCAUGUGUAAAUGGCAACUGUGUCAGCCCAUGUCUAUUAAACAGCACAUGUGGGCCCAAUGCUGAAUGCUUUGUAGAGAGGUCUCAACCACUUUGCCGCUGCCGCUCUGGAUUCGAUGGUGAUGCUUACUUUGGAUGUAACGCUGUUGAAUGUAGAUCAAACGGCGAUUGUCCUCUUGAUAAACAAUGCCACGCUCAUAGGUGUAUCAAUCCAUGUUUUUCGACAAAUAUGUGUGGUAAUAACGCCGAAUGCCUAGUACGGAAUCAUAUUAGUGUAUGUAAAUGUAAACAAGGUCAUACAGGUAGCCCAUACAUAGAAUGUAGACCUCAAGUUACGGCCGAAUGCUACGUAGACGCUGAUUGUCCAUCAAAACUAGCUUGCUUAUCAGCUAAAUGUGUUAACCCAUGUACUGCAUUAGAACCUUGUACUUUACCCGCUCAAUGCGAAGUAUCACCAACACUACCCGUUCGAACAAUGCUUUGUUCCUGUCCAUCUGGAUAUGUCAGCAGCGGAAAGGGCGUAUGUCGUCCAGCUACUCCAAUCCAAGAAGCAGCCUGCGAAAUCGACAAUGAUUGUUCCUCUAACCACGCAUGUAUAACAUCUGUGUGCAAGACCCCAUGCGAUUGCGGACCAAAUACCGAUUGUCAGAUAAAGGAUCAUAAACCUGUGUGCGCCUGCAGACCGGGCUUUAUUGGAGACCCUCGCACAGGAUGUUACGACGUAAAAUGCCAAUCAAAUAGUCAUUGCGCAGAUGACGAAACUUGUAUUAACAAUCGCUGUGUGCCUGCCUGCACUGUUGAACCAGAUAUCUGUGGACAAUCUGCUGAAUGUUAUGGUGUUGAACAUCGUGCAUCUUGUCGUUGUCAAAUUGGAACUGUUGGCAACCCAGCUGUAGCGUGCUUGCCAAUAGGCUGUAGAUCAAGCACCGAAUGCACAUCAGAGAAAUCUUGCAUUAACUUAAAAUGUGUUGAGCCUUGUACCUCCACAACUUGCAAUACACCUGCUGAGUGCCGAGUGCACCUUCAUGAAGUUUACUGUGUUUGUCCACCUGGCUUCGAAAGUACUUCAAAUGGCUGUAAUAAAACGGAGCCGCGAUGUUCCUCUGAUAUAGAAUGUCCGUCAGGAACUGCAUGCUUAGGAGGAAAAUGUGUCAACCCUUGUUUAGAAAUGAACCCCUGUGGAAUCAAUGCCGACUGUAAAGUCGCUGAUACGUUACCUGUAAGAACUAUGAUAUGCGAAUGUCUACCCGGCUACAGAGGAUAUGCUCUUGCAGAAUGCACACCAUAUAAACCACCCGGAACAAAAUGCAUACAAGGUCAAGGUGUUGACGUCACUGGCGAAUGCGUACCUUGUUUAGAAUACGAAGGACGUGUGGUUGAUGCAAGAGGCCGGUGCGUGUGUGACACAGGGCGCGGAUACACGUUACGUGGAGACACUUGCGCGCCCGGCGGAUGUCGCGCUGACGACGACUGUGACAAUGCUUCACGAUGUAUCAAUGAACAAUGUGUGCCCGCAUGCGAAGCGGAGCCUUGCGGUCUCUUCGCCACAUGUGAAGCCGUGAGCCAUCGCUCUCGCUGCACGUGUAUAACUGGCUACAUCGGCAAUCCAAGAGUUCACUGCAAUGCUACAACUACACCAAAUAUUACUUACCGCACAGACUUCCCGCUACCAGAUAUGCAGGUUCACUGUCUCGCAAAUGGUGUAAGUGUAAGUCUUAAAAUCAAGGACUUCAACGGAGUACUAUAUGUUAAAGGUUAUAGCAAAGAUGAACGAUGCCGUCUCGUUGUUCAUACGACCGAAAAUCAAGAAAGACCAGUGGAUUUCACUGUAUUUUUCGGAGACUGUGGAUUAGUCCACGUAAACGGAUUGGCGAGCUUCGUACUGGUAAUGCAAAAACAUCCAAAACUGGUAACAUCAAACGCUAAAGCUUUCCACAUAAAGUGUAUAUAUCAGACCGGCGAACAAAAUGUGACGCUGGCGUUCAACGUGUCUAUGCUGACAACUGCCGGCACUAUCGCAAACACUGGACCGCCACCCACUUGCUCAAUGAGAAUAGUGUCACAAAGUGGUGGUGAAGUUAAUUCUGCAGAAAUCGGCGAAAAUUUAGUACUGCAAGUCGAUGUUCAACCAUCAAGUAUCUACGGUGGUUUCGCCCGCAGUUGUAUUGCAAAGACAAGUGAAGUUUCUACAAACAUAGAAAAUGAAUACACUGUUACGGAUGAAGAUGGUUGUGCCACCGACAAAGCCAUCUUUGGUGAAUGGGAACGAAAUGAAGACGGUAGCGCAUUGCGAGCGUCUUUCAAUGCUUUUAAGUUCCCCAGCAGUGAUAAUAUUAAAUUCCAAUGUAAUAUACGUGUCUGUUUUGGAAAAUGUCAACCGGUAAACUGUCGCGGAUACGACGCGUUUGGAAAGCGCAGAAAACGAGAAAUAGUCGAAAGUGAGGGUCCCCUAGCGGGACAACUUCGAGAGGAGGUGACAGUAGAGUCAAAUCAGAUCCUAACGCUUGACAGGCGAGACCUGUCACAAGCAGCCCCGCAACGAGACGGGUCGGGAGCAUACGGCAGCGCUGGCGCCGCGAAUGGCCCAGGCGGCGAGGUUUGCGUGUCCGCGGCUGGGUUGGCCGUAGCGUUGGCGUUGACGGCGCUGCUAGCGCUUGUAGCGGUGGCCGCGGCGGUGGCGUGCUGGCUCGUGGCGUGGCGACGUGCGCGGCCUGCGCCUGCGCCCUUGCCGCAUCCGCCCGAUUUCCCCAACCCACUGUUUCAGCGCUGAGCAGUUAUCCCAGCUAGUCCUACGUCCCGCUCCUCCAUCGGCGCCGGGCAGGUGUCGGCUCUUUCUCUCUCACUCACUCGGUUUAAUAUGUGCGCCGCCGGAGGACCGACGGGCGAGGGCCCUGCGAGCGCUGCGGCAUCAUAGCCGCCUCCCUCGUUCGCGCUCGUAGCGCCCUAAAUUAGAUUACUUUAAUUUUAUUUUUAUCUCGAUUAACUUAGUAUUGUCGCCUCCUCUGAACUUUGUGAUAAUUAAUAAAUAUUCAACACCAUAAUUUGUAAAAUAAAU